AUGGCUGCCGCGAUGGAUGACCAAAUCUUGUAUGAUGUUUUUAUCCGUUCAGAGUGGAACCUCGAGGGCGAAUUUUUGGUUAGUAUUUUAAAUCAUAAACCUGAAGGACGUGAAAAUAUAAUCCCAAAAAAUUCCAUUAUACUUUGCCGUCUUUUCUGGCUCUUUACAACUGUAUGCAAACGUGGCACCGUUUAGGUCAUCUUGGGCAGCGUUUCGGUCGUUGCUCUUUUGCAUGUGUGCAACGAGUUUGUUAGAUUUUGCCUAAAAACGAUGUCUCAUAAACGUAAAAUACUUUAUUAUCCAGUAAAUAGAAAAGUUAACUUCGGUGUUAUGCCUGCGUUAAUGGCUGUGCUUGAUUAAUUUUAAUAAACAUGAUUCAUGCAUGAAUCAUUCUUAAUUAAUGCUGAAAUCAGGACAGUUGAUAGCCAAUCAGAUUUGAGAAUUUUGUUAAAGUUCUUAUGAUUAAGGUUAGUAUUACCUGAUAUCGUCUUCAUAAUUCUACAAGAACAUUAUGUGUUUGGAUUAAGGUACUAAGUAAUAACUUUGGCACAGAAUAAUGUGACCACAUGACCUAGCCCCUUUAAGUUAGGGUUUACCAUUGCAAAAAGCAGCCUAAAUACAUUUCCCUGAAAAAAGGUGAUUUAUGCCUAUUUGUAUGCAUUAAUUCUACAUGUACAGUAUAUUAUUGAUCAGAAUGAAUUGAUUGCCUCUGUCAUUAUUUUUCGUUACAGAACAAGACAGGAUUUGACAUUGGCCAGUUGAGAGGAUCUUUACCAAAGAAGUUCCUGACAGUUGCUCAAAGUAUUUUAAUAUUAUUCUUGUUUACUGCUUAGACAUAAUUUGGUUAUCUCAUUCUUCUUACCCCUCCAAUCCCUGAUAUGCAGAUACAAAGACUGACCUCUCUACCUUUCCUUCAAGAAUUUGUUGUGAGCAAAUUUGUUUUAAGGUCAAAACAUUUUCCUUGUUGAUCAUUUAUUCAUUCUCAUACAACUGUAGCCUUCUUUUCUCUUGCUUUUCUGUUGAUUUUGUUGGCAGAAAAUCGAUGUUGCACCAUCACGUCCAAAACAUAAUAUGAUAAUAAAUUAUUAUUCCUUCCACAUGUAUUUCCAGAUUCUUUCUGGUGGUUGUUGAGAGGGGCUCAGUAUGCUAUAAGGUGAGAAAGUAAUUUUUUACCCACUCUCAGGGUAAUAAAAAGUAAGAAUCAGGUCCAUGCAGUCUCAGACAACCUGGUUUCCCCCACUCCCCCUUGAGACUUGCUCCUCUGGUCUCAUUUGGUCUGCCGUCUCCUUGGUUUGCACCUCCCCAUAAAAAAAAACAGGGUUCCCGUGAAUUUUCCUGGAACCAGAAAAUUGUUAGUGAUGGUUUCUCAUAAUCUCUGGGCACAGAACCAAAAAAUUGUUGUCCAUGGGAAUUGAAAUCCUAGGGCUUGCAUUCCUUACGAAACAGUGUGUUUUAACUUGAUCUAUUAUUAUUAUUUCAGUGGCAGCAAUCAGAUUCUUGGUGUUCCCGCCCAACUCUACAGAAUUAUUAGCAGUUCUCUCAGUUGGCAGUUUGCUUUAUCCAGGUACAUGUUUAUAUCUUUGUUGAACCUCCCAUAAAGUGACCAUCCAAAAUGUGAUGAUUUGGUGGUUGUUUUAAUACAGGAGGUGGUCGGUUACAAGAUUCAACACAAAGGGGGUCCCUUCCUAUAAGAGGCUUAGAUACAUCUACAUUCUGGGAGAGAAUUCAUUACAUUCAGUUUAUGAUAAUUAAGCACCCAGCUUAUUGAAUGUUUGUACCUUGGAAGUGGGCACUUAAAACCAUUUUUAGCAAGUAAAUAAGUUUAUUUUCUUUGCAACAAAACAAGAAAUGAAAGUUUCUUUAAAAUACCAAGAGAAAUUGUUCUCAGUUAUUGUUUUCAAAUUAAUCUCAUUGUCAAUAUAAUCUUUUUUGUUGGGAGGGUGGGGGGGAGGUGGCAUUGGUGCUUAUUAGUGUUUUUGUAGCUAAUAUAGGGUGGUUGGUUAUUGGAAGUGGGCGCAUUUUUGAGGUUGGGUGCUUGAUCACAUAAAUGCAGUAUUAUAUAAGGUUUGUGUUCAGCAUUUCCAUUUUUAAAGUAAACCUUUCAUAGUGCUGAUGCCCUUUAAUUUUGUUGUCUUUAGUGAUGGAAAGCUUUUGGCCAUACUUCAAGACAGUUUUAUUGAAAUAAGGUAACGCUGUUACUGUUGUGACUGUUUGGAUCACAGUGAAGGUCAUUUAUUAUCAAUUUCAUAAAAUAAAUACAAAUAUUUCUAGAAAGUGAUAUGGUUAAGUACAUGCAUGCAACUUCCUGCACUCACAUAAAUAUGUAUGGUAAAAUUAAACAGUGAGGGGAAUCUUAAAAGUUGACACUUCCGUGUUAUUGGAAGAGAUCUAUAAAUUGGCUUAUUUCUAAUACAAACUUAUCAUAGUUUUAAGGACAUAAUUUUAAAAAUCUUCCUUUUUAAGCUACAGGUAAACUUUUUCUUUACAUGUACUACGUACCUUGUUCAUUUAGUGUGAAUCUUUUGUCAAAAAAAAAUAAUUUUAAUAUUUUCUGUCAUGGUUAUUGUAAAUGUAGAUUACCAUGAAUAUUAUAUUUUAUGCAUUUUUAACCAUAGGUAAUUGCUAAGCACAAUCAUGGAUUAGUGCUAAUAAAUAAAAUUAUUACUACCAUAAUUAAAAUUAUUAAUUUUUAUCAUGAUUUUGAAGUCAAUCAAUGCCAUUUGCUUCAAAACGUACGUUAAUCAUCAAUAUUUCCUGCAUGGAACAAGGCCCUGAGUGACUAAGCUGGGCACUUACCAUUAGUCAUACAGUAACUGGCUAACGAGAUGAGGGAGUGGUAAAGAGAAUUCCACCAUCAGAAUCAGGACAGUUCAGCUAGGUCAGUCAGUUUAUGACUAGUAAGCACAGCAGUGAUGGAUUUUUAAUGAAGAGUGGAAGAAUAGCCUAUUUCGUUUUCAAAAUAAUUGGUACUUCCAGCCAGUUUUGUCUUUUGGUAAGUGCUGUAGAUGUCAAAGGUCCUAUUAAAGUUGGGUUUUAGGAAAGCUUAAAAAUGGCCAUGUAUUUUUUUGUUUACAGGCAGAUGGGCCUAUAACCUGGAGGCUUAAAAGUAACAGUUUAUGGUAGUUUGGUGGGAGAAACUAGUAGUUUAUCAAAGUCACUUGCUCACCCUCACCAUGUUGUGUUAUUGUCAAAACACUAGGUCUUUUGUGGAUGAGUUUGAAUCAAUGGUUGCCAAGUGCACUGGUAAGUCACCAUUAUUGGGCUGGGAGACUGGCCUUUGGUAAAGCUCAGUCCUUUUGUUACUUUUUAAUAGCUACCUAUAAUUAGACUCAGGAACAACCAAAACUGACUAAAGUGCAGCUGAUCAUAGGGAGUUAAAGCAACCCUGAAGACAAUGGCUCUUGCUCAGGUUUUGUCAAAUGCUGACAAAUUUUCUUUUCAUGUGUGCUCACACUUUAGAAAGUUUGCACAUAGUUACCCGCAGUGGUGACAAAGAUGUACCAAAAAGUGUGAAGCAUGUGCAGAGCUUUUGUUUUGCUCAUAAAACCAGUAAUAUUUUGUUUGUUGUUGUUGUUACAUUAACUUUUUCACUAGCAGGUUACACUUCUAUAAAAUAGGGAAAUUAAUUAACUGCAUGUACAGCUGUAAAUCCCUUGCAGAAAAAAUACAACAGACAUUUUAUUCACCAUUUUCACAUCUCCCAUAAUACAAUUUCCUGGGAAUUACAGCCGUCCCAAGAAUCAGAGAGAAUAAUUUUGUUGUUGCUUGGUUUCAGUUGACAAAGACAGUCAUCCUCAAUGGAGGAAAUUGGCAUGGAGUCAGGAUUGUUCAAUGUUGGCCUGUUCUUAUAGGUUGGUACAGUGGUUUAUACUGAUUAGGAAUUAAUUGCUGUUUUUCAAAUGCCAUAGUGCUUAUGCUUUUAAGAAAAACCCUAUGAACCAGACCUUUUUUUAAAAAUUAUGGUUAAUUGUUCAAUAUUAUAUGUAAUUUGCAUUUAAAGGAAAGGAAACAUUUUAAGUUAUUUUAAUAUUGAUUGAAACAAUUUCUGGAAAAGUAUGUGCCUCUAUGAAAUAAACUCACUGUAUUUUUUGGAAGAAUGCGAUUGCAUGCACAUGUUGGUGUGCAAGUCUAUCGAUGCCUUGGUCUAAUUUUUGAAAAAUGUGUUAGUUCUCUUUUUAUCGAAAAACCUAAAGCAUCCUAAAAAAAUAUUGCUUUCAACUUUUAAAAUGUAAAACGAUUUAGCUCACUUACUAUUUGACUUCACUCUUUCUCAAAUACCAGUGGCCUUGUUUACUCCACUCAUCUAAUAGAUUGCUUUUACAAGUUCCUUCUGUUAAUACCGUGGCUCAUGGACACCGCUCAUUUCCAUAUUAUGCAGUGAUAAUCGGGAACAGUCUACCUGAUCAUAUCAAAAACUCUGCAUCUGUUUCUACUUUUAAGCAAUGGUUGAAAACUUUUCUUUUUAGGAAUAAUUACUAUAUAUGGUUUCAUUUAGACUUUGUUUACUAUUGUAAACCCCUUUAUGAAUUCUUUAAAUGUGCCAUAAAAACCUAUUAUUAUUAUCUAUUAUUAUUCUGGACAAAGGCAAUAGACUUGAGGAUCCAACUUGAAAUAUCUGUGAAUGAUCAUCCACAAUUAUUACGCACGUAUAUAUGGUAGCAGGUUCUUGCUACAGCUGUAUCAUGCAUGAACACACUCAAGUCUCACUAAAAUGAUGUUAUCAAUAUUAAUUUUUUUUUCAUAGUUUUGGUGACAUAGUGGUGUUUGACCUUGCAGGAGAACUGCUUUUCACAAUUCCCCAGGUAAGCCCCCCCCCCCCCCCCAAAAAAAAAAAAACCCAAUAUUUUGUCAUUGUUCUUCACAGUUGUACAUACAUACAUUCAAACAUCACAGCUUUUACUCAUUCACAAACAACAAACAGACUUGUGAAUGAAGCCUUUAAAAUGAUUCCGCCCGGGGAAAGGGGAAAGUCUGUGAAAGACUGUGCGCUCCCAGAACCAAUCAGAUUGCAGGAUUUGGAUUAUUCGAACUGCUUGCAGACGCACUGAGAAAAAAUAAAUACCUUUAUUAAUUUUGAUGAAGCUGGUUAGUAAAAGGGGAAACUAAAAGGCUAAAUGUAAUUUGGACCCUCAAUACAUUCUUACUAGUAACUGUAAAUCUUGCUAAACUGCUUUUUAACCAAAGUUUUUUUUUCCAGACCAUUGGAGCUCUUCCUUCAGAUUUAAGUGACUGUAUAUCUGGACUUGUUUUCAUUGAUCACAAGCAGAGCUCUCAGUGGUAAGAUUCUAGCUAUGCAAUGAUGUAGUACUUAAUAGAAAAACUGAGAUCUAUCAGUAAAAGUUGUCCUUGCUAACCAUGUCCCCCCCCCACCAAAUCUGCCAAAAAAAUGUUUAUAACUUAUUGGAUUAUAGAGUUAUUUGUGGAACUGCAACAUAAGAAAGUCUUGUUGGUGUUAGUAAUAAUUAUGAAUAUUAUUGGUUUUGGCUUUUUGUAUGAUAUGAGAAUUUUGCAGAUCGAGGAAGCUGUCUGAUCUGCAUAUUGUGGUGCACUUUUUUUCAUAUAAUAUGAAAUCAAAUAAUUAUUAAUAGCUUUCAUAUAAUAACAUUUGCCCAUUCCUUGGCAGUUUCAGGGUACGAAGGGAUGUCUAUUCCAGCAGAUAUUAUUUUUCAUAACAUCUGGAGGGGGGCGUAAGGGUUUGCGGUAUUGCGGUAUUGGGUUAUUUUUGGUGCGGUGUUGCGGUAAUUUUUAUUUCAAAGUACGGUAUUGCGGUUUUCAGAGUCCAAGCGGUGUGCGGUAAGUUUAAAUUUUACGUCGCGGUAGUCGGUGAAAAAAUCGUUGUGUCGCGGUGAUCUGCUUCUUUUUCAUGACAAGAGGAUACAAAUCCUAAAAGGUCUCGCUAGCUAGCCUGCGUGUCUUCCUAUAGUUGCACAGUCGGGGAUCGUAUUGCGCAAACAGUGCAGACAAAUCGUAUGGCUUGUAAUUUCAGUUAAUACUUGAUAUGAUUAGCGACAUUAACUUUUUUAUCCAAUGAUACGUAAACAUGUCGCAUUAUUUAUGACCUCAUGGACAUUGUGGGAAUAGUCAGCUUUUAACCUCCCUACCAAUCUUACCACCACUUUCGUGCCAGUCGCAAAACAACGGCGAGCGAUCCAGAGGGUCAACGCCGGGGAGGGCACUUUAGGAAUUUCUGGGUGGGGAUGUGCCGCUGGGACCCUGGAACCAGAGCUAGUUCAGCUGAAUUUUGCUACCCUAUACUAGAGUAAACGCCCAAAAUCCCCCUAUCCUAGAGUAGCUGUUUCCCCAGUCUAGAUAAAAUCUUCAACCAACUGAUCAGUUUCCUGAAAAAUGAUACCCUAUUCUAGACCCAAACGCUCUGAUUUAUAUACCCUAUCCUAGAGUAAACUGCUUGAAAACCAUACCCUUCACAGCGGCACAUACCUAUAUAGCCCAUAUAUGGCAGUACCCCCCGGGGGGUCAACUAAGUGAUCAGUCAGAUAUUCAAGCAAAUAGUGAGGUCAGUGAGGUCGUUAUAAAUUGUGUAGUGACGAAAGAUAAUCCAUGAAGAUGAUGUGAUCUAAAAAUUAAUACUAGUCCUUCUCGUCGUGCAUGCAGGAAUAUAGAAUUUACUAGUAUUCGUGUGUGCUUAGCCUACGUACCAUGGCUGCCGGGGGCGGGGGUACUUCCUAAUAAGAGGCUAAGGAGGAUGUGCCGCUGGAUGGGGUCGCAUUUUUAGAGAGUUACUAGAAUGGGAUCGCACAUGUUCUGCUUUUUUGGGGUAAAACAGUUCUUCAUAUUUACGGUUAGCAAAAUAACCAGAAUGUUUGUAUUGUAGAUGAAAAGUAAAGUGUUCUUCAUUCAAUCUAAAACAUGAUCAAUUAAAAAAAAUAGAAAGUGACCAAGUUGAGAUCGCGAAAUUUAAAUAUUUGUUCAAAAGUGACUAAGAUGGGGUCUAUAAUUGGCCACAGAAUAGACUAUAAUGGGGUAGGGGCUCUCAGAGGCCAGUGGCACAUACCAAGCAAAAAUUAACCCAAGGACCCCAUGGCAGUUUUACAUGGUUUUGUCGGCAGCACGACUGUGAGCGGCGAAGCAGCUCCCGCCCCAAUCUCCUCGCCCGCGCCCGCCUUCAUUAUUUAGCUUCAAGCGGCGGAAUGUAAUGCGGUCAAUGCGAGCUUAUUGUUAAAUUUAAUAAACAACCACUUCCUGAUUUUUUAACCGAGAAUCUUCCCAUUUGAAUCCCUACCUAUCCCAAAAAUCCGAAAAUUUGCGACCCCAUUCUAGUAAAUCUAUUGAAAAUGUGACCCCAUUAUAGUCACUCCAGUCGUGAAAAUGGACCCCAUCCAGCGGCACAUCCCCAUUAGCCUCUUGCAAGGGAGUACCCCCCCCCCCCGGGGUGCUGUGUGUCCUUCGAAUCCAAAAAGCCAGCCAGGGUCAACGUUUUGAAACCCUCAACACAGAACCGAGUUAACUGUGAAUCUGAAACAACCUCAUAAGAGUCAACUGUCAUCCGUCCGUUUAUGAUCCAGGUCAGUAAUAUAUAAAGUAAUACUAGAAAACUCCUGUUGUAUCAUUUACGUAAACGCAUACAUGUAAGGAACAAUGUUAAACGAGUGCGAUGAUCUUAUGUUUAUCUUACGCUUGACAUCGACGCACCAUGAUUUGGAAACACUGACAUAAAAGUAUUAUUUCUAUUUGAAAGGAGGAUUUGUAGUGUUGACAAUGUCAACUUUUUCCCAUUUGUAACUGCGGUUUCGGUAUUUGGCUAAAUUUUGAUGCGGUAUUGCGGUAUUCUGGCGCUACCAUGUGCGGUAUUGCGGUAUUUGUACCCCCUUUACGCCCCCCUCCAUCUGCUAUCUGUCUAGGAGUUCUAUUUUUGCCAUUCUUGCAAUAUUCUUCAGGUAGUAGUCUGGCUUCUUGUCUCUCUAUAACAAGUGGAAUUUUCUGCCAUUUUCUUCAGCUCUGCUUGCAGUGGAAAAGCUGGGCCACUGUGCUGCAAUCUGCUGCUUUUUCUGUUAAUUAUCUGAAAAUGUGAUGUCACUUUUAUGGAUAUCAGCACACAUCUUUAAAUCUGGUUGAUGCUAGCUGGUUAUGAAGAAUUAUUUGGGGGAAUUAAUCCAGUUAGAAACCAAGAAAUAUUUUGAAUGAAUAAUAAAAUAGGUAAAAUAAUUAAUGCUUAAGGCUGCUUCUCUUUUGUCACACUAUUUCCUUCUUUUAUUUUUUUUAGGUCUGCAGAACUUGUUGUGAUAAAUUAUUGUGGUGAAUUGAAGAAUUAUUUAGUCAGGUUUGUGUAUAUGGAAACUUUUGCUGCUUGCAUUUUUAAAUAUUGUAAACUUCAAGAGAUAAUAUAAUAUUAUUUUGAUCAUUGUUCUUAUAGCCCUACCCAUGGUUAUCAGGAGAAUCACAGUUUUUCAUUUUCCAGCAUCCUUCCAAACCGAGUUUGUUCAGUAGUAUACCAUCCUCAACACAAACUGUUGAUUCUAGGAAGUGUAGUUCAUCAGAACAAUAGAACUUCUACAGGUAUGGCCACUUAGUUGUUUAGUGGGUUAUAUGUACAUCACUUUCUGAUAUUAACAGUUUCUAUUAAAUGGGUUCAUGGAUUAUAACAAAAGAGUCAAUAAAUUUUGUUUGAAAUAGAUAAUCCAUCUUGCCCAGCAUCACAGUAUGGAUUAACAGCAUGGAGGAUUCUUUCUGGAUAUCCACAUUACAAUCUCAUAGAGGAUGAAGGCACUAAUUUAUUUCGGGUAAUCUUUUUUUUGAAAAUCCCAUCUUACAUGUAGUUAAGUCAUUCACUAAAUUAACAUUCAUUUUCACUCCUGGACUAGGACAUGGCCAGCAUAUUUAUUUAAUUGUAAAAGCAAACAGACAACAAUUUUUCAUAGUUUAUAAUCUUGACUAAUAAACCAUAAAAAUUACAUGUACGUCAAUAUCUUAAACACUGUGAAGUGGAGUCGGUUUCCUGUGGCUCAUGGUUGAACAUUUUUAUGGUCUACUCAGUAUUAGAGUAUAGAAGGGGUAAAAUUGUUGUCUAUUUUCUAUCAAAAAAACUUAGUAACUUUGAAAUCUUAGAGGCAGCCCUGUAUAUGGUUUAUAUUUAUGUUUCAGGCUGGUUCUGGAAUAUUAAAUCGAAUUAGAAGUCUUCCUUUGGUUAAUGUGUCAUCUGAAGGACUGGUUAGUGAUUCCUUUUUUACCUUGAUUCAACUCAGCAUAAUCUGUUUCUUCCACCAAGAAUAUUACUUUACACAGCACAUUUUUUUAUGAUAUCAGCUCCUAAAACCAUGAGUAAUGCAUCAUUUUGUAAAUUUUAUGUGAAAAAAUCCUUGCCGAGCUGCAAGUAUAAUUCAGUCAUCAGACAGUGUCACACUCAAAUACCUGAAAGGGUAUUCUCAGAUUGCAUCUGAUGACUCCAUUUUGUGCAAUUUAUCAGAUGUGAUAGCUCUAUCCCUGUGCAAAUGUUCUGGUUUGUCGCAAUAAAACAAUGACCUGGUUUGAUGCAUGACAGCCCUUUCUAAAAAGGGAAAAUAUAACUUAGCCUCCCAUGCGUUCCUGAAAAACUGUAGUAGUUGUAGUGAUCUGGAAAAGUGUAUCAUGCAUCAGAUUCAAACAUGUAGAGAUCCAUCUAAAACUGACCUUCGUUAGAGUGUAUGCCACAUAAAUACUAGAAUUAUGACAACUGCCACUAAGAGAUACCAUCUUGUGUGACAAAAUAAAUAACUCAGCAGUAUAUAUAACAUCUGUUUGUUGUUGCUCGUUAUUUAGGAUGGUGUUGCACAGAUGUCUUUAUCCCUGGAUGGGACCAAGCUUGCCGCUUUACACGUGUCAGGAACCUUGUCCUUGUGGCAUGUCCCAUCUCUGCGACAAAAAACUAUGUGGUCUGUUGAUGAACAGGUCAGUUGAAAAUGAGAGUCUGUUAUAAUGUCAGUUGCUUUUGCCUACUGUACAUUUUUCUUUAAUUUCACUGAUCUUAGUUGGAAUGAUUGAAUAUUACUUGAGUAAAAUAGUUGACAAGAUCUGAUAACAACCUUGCAUUGUCUUUUGAGAUAUAGUAGAUAAAAUUACAUAGCCAACAUGACAUAGUACUGAAUGUUAUCACUUCAAUUAGAAUUGUUAUUAUUUCAAUAAAACAAGCCUAAAACAUUGAUAAAUUUUCCUGAUUUCAUUUUCUUCAAAUGUAAGAAAAACCAGAGACAAUUUACACACAAACUGUCUUUUUUUUCACAGUAGCUUAAAUAUUAGCCACUAACAUGUUGUUAUCAUUUCCCUUUUUUUAUUUUCCAAUGCAGCCCUCAUUUAAGAACCCAGAUGAACAAGUCAAAUUUGCUUCCACCAAACCACUGGAUUCAAACAAAGGUUAGUUACAUUUUUGGCUUUCCACCCAUGUUUCAAAAUUUUAUUGUAAAAAAAGAUCCCAUAUCCAAAUCACUGUCGACAUAGAGUUAUACUGACACGACACAAUUGAUAUGGUGCCGCUUGUACAAAGAGAACCCCUUGGACUCUGCCCAGAGCAUGCCACCUGAAAUGGAUAAUUCUUUGGCCGAAGAGAGUGAACCAUUACCAAAUAUGUUUAUUUUCACAAGCCUUAAUGACUGUUACAAAAAUGAUAGUCUUGUACAUAAUUAUUAUUCCAUUCUUGCUGUACAUGCAUGUUAUUCUCGUCACAAUUAAUUAUAGUGAAAACUGUGCUGGCAUUCAUUUUGAGAAAGAAAUUCCAGCACACACUAAAAAUUCACACUAUGAUGGAGCUUGUCACUCCGUGUUUCAACAUUUUCAUUGUUUUUAUAAUGUAGCUGUUGUUAUUGUUUGUAAACAUCCUUGUAAGAAUGUUUAUGGAAUAACGUUUUUAAAAUCAAUGUUUUGUCAAACCUCCACAGAGUUGUCAUUUCAUGGUUUAAUGGAUGUGAAUUGGUGGGCUGAAGAGGUAAGGUUGACAGUAACUCAUCUGUUAUUCAAACUUUGAACAUUUUACAGGUUUCUCUUCAAAUCAGACUAAAAUAUGACCUCCAAUUUUUACGAACUCCUAUUUCAAAAGACUCUCUUUGUACUACACAUGUACACGUAGGUCAGCUUUGAUGGAGGAGAUUUUAAGAAGGAGAUACCCCAACCUUUUGACCAUCCUGUAUUGAAAGCCUUUUUUUGGCCUUAAAUGUUAGUAAAAAAACUUGAUCUCUUACCUGAAAACCUCAUGAAUACAACCACCUUGUCAAUGUGCCCAAUUCUCCAUUGAUAUGCUCGUGUGACUUGAAGGGGUUAGUGUUCAUUUAUUAUAGUGUUACAUUACUAAUGUUCAAGGUAAAAACCCUUAGUCCUCAAAUAAUUUGGAUUUCCUCUCUUCAGGUGAUUUUAAUUAGAAGUAAUGCCAUUAAUGUGAAAUAAUAAUUAUACACUCAGUCUUUCUUUCCAUUCCUGUUCUUCCCUGUAGCUAGUAUGAGGUGAACUGAGCUCUUGAGUCGGGAAAAAAAUUAUAACAUAGAUAUGCUAGAAGGAAGCAUAGUUAUUGUAUUUUAGUGAUGACCAAGAUUGCUGUGCGGCUUUGAGCAAUUUAAACAGCGUGGAUUGGAUCAGUACACUUAAACAUUUUUUUUCUGUUAUAUGUGAAUCACUUAUGCUUUCAUCUACAUGCUUUGUCAACUCUCUCUGACAUGGACACCUUUAAGAUUAGCACUAUUGUGUCCAUCUCAGAGUAAUGUCUGUCCUGUAGAGUGAUUCUGUUACCUCUGCAUCCUGUGGCCCUGAUAAUUAAAAAUCCUUAAAGACGCAAAAUAAUUCAUGGCUUGCAUCCCAUAGGAUGCAAAGAUCAAUCCAUGUGUAUCUGAUUUGUACAAAUAUCCUGUUUGUGUAAUUUCUGUGGCAGUUUUUAUGGCUGUUGUUUAAUGAUGCGUAUUUCAUUUAGCCUUUGUUGUGCUUUAGAAUAGAAGGACUAUAUUUUAAUUUCAGUAUACUGUAGUAAAGAGUUUUGGAGUCUGUCUUUAGUUUAACUGUCUGGUUACAUAAAGGCCAAAGCAUUUUCAAUUUCGGAUUUGUUGUUUUUUUAACUGGGACUCACUGGUUCUACAAUGGGACUCACAAUUUCUCACAAAAUGAGUCCCAGGACUCACCAUAAUUAUUUGUAACAAAAUCACUGCUUGUAGAGAGUCAAAUAACGCAGAUGUAGAAGUGUCCAUUAACAGAGACUUGACUCAGUAUACACCCAUGAAUAAUAGUUUUUACAUUUUUCUUUUUAUGUAGGCACUGAUUUUGUCUCACAGCACUGGAGCAUUAACUGUGUCUUCCACGGAGCAGAGGUAAUUAAAUAAAGAAACUAGACUUUAAAGGGUUGUUUUAUCCUCAAGAAAUAUUUUGAUUGGUUUUCUCACAUAAAUAAGAAACAUCUUUUUGUGACUGUAUGUGUAUCGUCGUUCAAAGUGUGUUUAAGUGCUGCCUGUUAGCAUGGGGAGGUAGAGUUUUUCAGUAUUUUAUAAAGCACCAAAUUUGGGUCUGCAAUACUCGUUAAUGCCCACAUUGCAAGUGGAGGUUGGGUGCCCAGGGACCAGGGGGUUGCAACUGCAAUCACACCCCAAGGCAGAAGAACACCCACAGAUCUACCAACCCACAACCCAGCCACGAGCAACCACCCCCCCCCUGCGCGCCCAGCCUGAGACCUCAAAUGUAAUAAAUGACCCCAAAAUGUAAUAAAGGUUCUAAGUGUCAUCUUCUAUGCCACUUGUUACACUGAGGCAAGAAUCUCAGUGGAAGUAAUAUGAAAACCCUGGAAGGGGGUGGAUACCCUAAACCAAGAAAGCAGAGGGAGGGAGGGGAACCAAGAGAAACACUACUCUACUAGAACAGGAUGCCACGCCAAGAAAGCUUUGAGUUCAACGCAAACACAAUGUAGGCACCUGCCAUGGCCUGCGUGCAACAUGCACAGAAGCGACAUACUGCUGGACAGGAAUCUGCCCGCCUGCUAACAAAACAGUAUACUACAGUAUGCUAACAGUCACACGAUAGCGCUACAGACAUCCAACACGCCACCAAAGAACGCCAAAAACACACAUUAAAUAUGAUUUAAUAGUAUGAAACUAAGGAUUUCUCUUGUCAUACCUUCUCAACUGACUUUUUUUCGAUUUUUCUGUUUUUAAUUGUGUACUUUGUCUUCUCUUAACAUUUAUUUCCAUUAAUGGGUAAUAUGUGAAUCAACAUUAGGGAGGGUGUAACAAGACAAUUAGUUUGUCAACAAACAUGGCAAAACAUUGUAGUUUGUUAUAGCUCUGGAUUGGUAAAGGAAGCUGAUUUGUUUUAUCUGGCAGUAGUUUAAUUUUGGCAUGUAGUGUUGUGGUCAGUUUUAGCCUUGUAUUGUGGCCUAAUGCACUUGUACAUGCUUUCCGAAGGUACGACGUAAUGUCUGGGAGCAAACAAAGUGUCAAGUUUUUUAAUCAACAUGGCUCUAUAAUAUUGAUAAUGAUACAGACAUUUUCCUGUUACUGAAACAGAUCAGAGUUCAAGAUUUGGAUUUGUAGACCAGUCUGUUGAUCUGUUGAGUUUGACUUCGAACAAAUUAUUUUACUGAAUUGGCCAAAGAUUUAAGAUAAGGUAGUAAUUUUUUUCUUUUCGUAGUCUUCAUAAUCUGCUUGGUCACCGCCCAGAAAUGUGUGAACCAUGGUCUCGUAUCACUGCUGCCCACAGUAAAGGGUUUCUCAUUUUAGAGGUAUAAAGACUUACAUUGUAUACUGAAAGCUUGAUAUUUGAAGAGGGGGCUGAAGCCAACAGAUUGGCAGAUUUUGAAAUUAACUUUGCCUGGAUUUUGGAUCCAGAGUGAGAUUUCAACAGAUUUGAUGAUCUGUUAAUUUCAGUGGAUUGCAAAUUCAUUUUUUGGGCCCAGAUUUUGGACUGUGUGUGUUUUAAAAUUAUUCAGAGAGAAGUUUUAACAGCAGAUUUGGUUAAUAAAUCAUAACUGGUCAGCGGAUUUGUAUAUCUUGAUUCAUCCCCCUCUUUGAAUACUGUAAUAUUGAUAAUAAUAUCAUCAAGCAAUAUACAGUAUUUUGUGUGCUUGUAUAAUUGCCUCUGUUAUUUUCAGCUUUAGUCAGUACAACUGUAACUUGGCAAUUUUCUUUGCAUAAGCGUGAAUUGUGUGGUUCCAGAAAAUAUCCAUACCCCCCCAUGGAGGGUCACGGAAUUUCCUAGGGGUAGGGGGGUCUAAAAGAGACAAAUUUCUGAAGGGGAGGGGGGUACAUAAAGAGUUUUUCUUUCCAGAGGGUUUGAAAUGCGAUUGAAUGAACACUUGCGUAUUUUUCCAAUUGAUUCGGGGUAGCCAAGAAAAACCAAAAGUUCUAUCCGUGGAAAUAGACGUAGGAUUCCUUGUCAUAUAUUUUCUAUUAUUAUCCCGGCGCCAGAUGACACGUACAGCUCCGAGGCACACCUCUGAGCACGUUCGACGUCGAGUCAAACAAAAUGGCUGACUAGAAAAAUAUCGUUCCCAGUCCCUAACAUUGGCUGUAUUGAGCGAUUAUCGCAUAGUUUUAUCGUUUUCUGUGUAGUUACGAGUUUGGAAACGUUAGCAAAGUCGAUACGAUGCCAUUUGUUUUAAGCAUAAUUUUUUUGUAACCGUGAACAGCAAUGAGAGACGGCGAAGAUUUCAUUUCGUUGUUUAGUUACCGGAAUGAACUUGAAAAGUACGUUUUACACAUGAAAUUAAAAAAAGUUAAAAAAAACUGUAAGGUGUGAAAUUUACUAUCAUUUACAAACUACAGAGAUAAAGCGUACAACUUUAUUGAAGUAUUCCUGUUGAAAGACGAACUUAAGUUUUUAAAAAACAUGUUGCGUGACGGAUUAUGAUUCCUGCUGAUAAGCAGGGCCUAACUAAUCGAUAGAAAUCGAUCAUCGAAAAUGUCAUCGAUUAAUCGAUAAUACUCGAUAGUACUCGAUAUUUGUCGAUUGAUUAGUCAAUUUAAUCGAUUGAAAUCGAUAAUCCCAAUUUUUUGUCGCAUCUAUGGAAAUCGACAAUCAAAAACGUGAUCUGAUCUUAUCACAACACUGCGUAACACUUACCUUCAAGCUUACCUUCGAAUCCGCUUUGUUGAUAAAGAUGAUGUUACUUCUUUCUCCAAUGGUAGCUACUUUUCUUAUUUAUUUUUUUUAACAGGAUCACUGCUGUAAAUUUGUACUCUAGAAUCGUCAGAAUCGUGGUAAAUAGCCGGAGUCACUAAUGUAGAAAUUGGCAAACUGUCGUCCGUUCUCCGAGAAUUUAGAAGGGUAUUGUUCGAGCGCUUAUUGGGAGACACGCAUGGUGGCUUACGAAGCGCGGAGAAUCUUCGUCGAUUUUCUUUUCGAUCAUUGUCGAACAAAUCGAUAAAAUCGAUAGCUAAUUACAGAAAUCGAUCAAAAUCGAAAAUCACAAAGAUGCGAGUGAUCGAUUUCUAUCGAUUUCCGAUAUUAAUCGAUUGAUUAGUAUCGAUUACGAUCGAUUACGUUCGAUUUCUAUCGAGUAUCGAAGAUAUAGAUUAGUUAGGCCCUGUGAUAAGCGAAGUCACUUCACGGCUCCACACAGGAAAACAACAUUUGUUAGCAGUACUGUUCGCACAUUAUACUACAUGUAGAUAAAAUUACACCUGCAAAGUACAAAAAAUAUCAUGGAGAUUAGCAUCGAGUCAAUUCCUGAGUUUUGCUUUGACAGCAAAAACAAGAAUGAUGUAAUAUUAUAGUCAUUUCGUGUUUAAAGUAAUUCGAUACUUUGUUUCGUCUAUGCAUAAAUUACAAACUUCGACUAGGUUACAAAACGUUGAUGAUACCGUCAACUUUCAGUACUUUCUUAGAUAUUUUUUGAAUGAAAUCUUCUGUCAAUUAAGCAGACGAAAGGUCAGCUGCCAGAACUAUAGUGUUAAUAAGCUCAGUUGUUAGAGUUUGAACAUUUCAAAAUAGAGGAAGCGAGAGGCGCGUCUAUUCAUAUGUCUAGAAUUUUCCACGGUCAUUUUUAAGAAAAUUAAAUCUCAUAGCCUCCUCCAGCAAUUUUGUACCUUACCUAGCGAAUAUCUCCAUAAAUAAUGUUCCAUGAAAUAGCAAGUGUGGUAUGGCCAAAUCGCUUACGUGAAAAUUAUGCCGCUUUACGUCUUCAUCUGAAUUGUAACUAUAAUCGGCUGCGGCUAAAUUUUAUUUUGGCACUAAGUAGACCAAAAUAAAUCAAUGAAGUCUUUUUAUUUGUGGAUUUGGAAUUUCCUAGGGGUAGGGGCGACCAAGUGAAAAAAUCAUGGAAAUUCCAGGGGGUAGGGGGGAGCAACCUGAAGCCCUCUGGAACGGAAAAUCCGGGGGGGGGUGGGGGCUCAAACUGUAAACAACCCUCCGUGGGGGGGGUAUGGAUAUUUUCUGGAACUACACAUUAACUAACUCUUUUGUCAUUUUCUUGACAUCUACACUCAAGCCAAAACAGUUGAGCUGCUGUGCCACAUACUCUCUUGCAUGACACCAAUGAUUACAUAAUAUAGAAAUCAAUGAUGUCAGCAUGACUGAUAUCAACGACUGUACAUUGCUCACAUUUUCCAAAUUUUGGUCAGUGCUAGCUGGUUAUGAAUAAUAAUUAGCUGGAGGAUUAAAGCCAAUCAGAAAUAGUGAAAUAUUUUGAAUGAAUAUAAAAGUAGUUAUACGAGGCAUGUGAAAAAUGCACUUGUGCAAUCAAUUUAGUCAAUCUCACACUCUUCAUCAAAUUGAAAUGUCCUGUUAAUAACAAACAUAUUACCAAGUACGAUUUGCAAAACAAACACCCUCCUCAAGGUCCUCUAAUUUUUUAAUUUAUUGACCUUUUGAUAUUUUUUUGUGUUUUUCUGUUAUUUGUAAGGAUUUAAAGUCUACUGGUUCUUGUAAAAUUAGGGUCUGGUUUUCCAACAUUUAAGAUGUUUCUUGUUGUUGUGGAAACCAAUGCUGAUUAGCCAGCUACUUACGAUUUUGUGGUGUGGGUUUGCUCAGUGUCUUUCAAUCUUGUGUCAUUGCACUCAUCCAAAAACUACAUAAUUUUAGCCUUACUGGCUGGUUAAUUCUGUUCUUAACUUGCCUGACAGCCAAGUGAAGUUUUUUAGGGAAAUUCAAAGUGCAGAAGAACUGUAAUCAAUUGUGAUCAUAAUAAAUUUUUUUCGGGCUAGUUUAAAUGACUCUUGGGCUAGUACAUGCUGGCUACAGCUUGCCUGAAUCGCAAUCUGUAAAACUGACUUUCUUUAUACCCUAUUGAACCAACUUCGUGUUAUUUUUAGUGUGAAAAUGAAAUCAAGACCUCACGAUCCAAACUUGCCUUAAAUGCUGGUGAGGAUGAAGGUGAUAGUGAUGAGAAUGGUGAGAAGGAGGAUGGGGAAUUGGAGAGUGAUGAUGAUGAUGAUGAACCAACUCUGAUGUCCAGAUCAAAACAUUUUGCCAAACAGGUAAGUUAAUUAGAAAAUUCAAAUAAGAAAGAAAGUUACAGAGGCAAAUUAAAGAAAUCUUUAAAACUCAGUUGUUAAAUGCACUUAACAGAGCAUGAUGCCCUCAAUCAGCAACGUGUAAUGCAAAGUUAUGCCAGCCCUUAUCACAUUUUGGUAGGGUUUUACUCAUAGUCUAGGUAAAAUUAUUACGUGUACAGUAGCAUAUCCUUGUGUACAUUGUAGUUGGGAGUAGGUACUAAUGUAUUGCUUGUUUUGUAUGGCUAGUAAAAAUAAUUUUCCUGGUGCACAUCUCGUGGAGCACCUUGGGUGCUCUCUCAAUCCAGUGGUACAGUAUUUAUCUUUGGCUUACCCUCAGAUAGUAGUCUAACUAUAAAAGGCUUAGUAAAAAUCCUGGAUCUCAUUCUGAGCCAUAUUGCUAAGGUUUAAUAGUUCAACUGUCCUGAAGUUUUUGUAAUUCCCACCCUUCCCUCCUUUUGGAGGUUUUGUUUUUAUCAAUAAUUUGGGUACACUGCUUUCUUUCGCCUUCAGUUUAAGUUUUACAGAGACUCCUCCAAGCUUUGAUUUGAAGGAAAACUUUUACAUUAAUAAUUAUUGAGUGUACUCCAGCAUGUGCUCACUAAGUCGGCUCGUAGCGCUGAUAAGAUAAAGUUCCUAGAACAGAAUAAUUGCCUACACUAUUCCAUUCAGUUGCACGAUGUUGGCUGAAGGUUUCAGCUCAUAGUGCCGUGGAGUGUUAGGCUAUAUUAAUUUUCUUUCUUUUGGACCUACCUGAACUUGUCUGAUCUGGUGCAGAUAUGUAAUAGUGCCGGGAGAUAAGUAUGGCUUUAUGGUCAUGCUAUGGAAGUCAUCGGCCAUGCUGAUCACAGAGUGGUGUUCCCUCCUUUAUGCCAUAUGUUUGGUUGUCAUGGUUUUAUUAGACUCUUAUUUAAAGGCCAGCUAAACGAACUGCAGCAUUAACCAAUGCAUGAACUUUGUAAAAUAUGUGUUUGAUCAGACUUGCAGGCUUGGAGACUGAAUUUUCAGAAGAGAUCAUCGUUAAGUUCUCUGUCAAUUUUUUUUUUCAGAUUUUUCUUUUCAGAAUAUAAUAUUAUUAUUUAGCGAAUUGAUAGUGAAGCAAGAAUGGCGUACACCUAGCAAACAAUAAUUUCAAAGAAAUGUUGUAUGUUUUUUUUUAUCAGGUGAUGUUUUUCCUGACAGAAAGUGAAAGGUUUCAGCCACCCAUGAAAGUGCGCAAGUAUGUAUAGCAGUCUCUAUUGUUUUUUGUCAAAGUAGUAUCGCAAAAUGAUAUUAGGCAAAUUUUUCUGAUAUCUCAUUUUUGACUUAAUAAUUGGACUGAGUGGAGUGCAAUUUGGUUUGAAAUGAUAAACGUGGUUUUAGAAUCAGACGAGUGGGUAGCACGAGUUUAGAUUUGAAUUAGCAAAGUAUGAUUUCAGACCAAAAUUUUACUCCACUCUGUACAAUUAUAUUACAUUUCACUACUUUAUUACAGUGAUUUUGCAAUUGCAGAAUUCAGUGAGUACCAAUGUGUUACUGAUCUACUGGUAGCCAGUGUUGAAAAGUUAAAACGAAAAGGCUUUUACAUGCUCAUUUUGUAUUUGGAGCAGAAAUGUUGUGAAACAGGGAAAAAAUGUUUAGAACAGAUGUGAUCUAGAGCAAAAAGUCAUGUGAUUCAUUAAUAAAUCACACUGCUGAGAGCCAAUAAGAUUGCAGGGAUCACCAGUGAUUUUAAAAUGGAUAUAAUAACAAUUUUAACCUGUGUUUGUGUUUACUUUCCUUGAUCAUCUAUUCAGGAUCUGGAAUGAUUGUCAUCUUUCUCUCUAACUACUUUAAAAUUCUUAUCAUGCAUUUUGGUACAGAUCUAGUGUAAUGUAAUUUAUCAUCUGCUUUACUUCUCAGAGUUCUUCAUCGCACGUAUAGGCUUGUUUGCUUACGAUCCACAACACCCGAGGAGCUCUAUGCCAGAAAGGUAAACCCCAUAAAUUAUUUAACCCCUUUUUUUUGCUUGCAAACAAGCUCUCUUUUGUUUUUUGUUAGAAUUUCUAGCUGCGGGCAGGGAUGUCACUGUUGCCUUGUGAAUACAACAAGUAGGCAGGGAAUCAGGGGAUUUCUUUUGGUUUUAUUUUCUUGCUAUUUUCCUAUGAAAGUAGCCGGGAGCCACGUUCACAGUAGCCGGGGGACAUCCCUGGCUCUCGGCUCUUAAUGACACCCUGCUGCAGGCUCGGGGACAGUUAAAGGAAGGGGUUAUUUAAGAGAGACUUGGAAAUUGUAGCAAUGAUGGAAUAUGGCCAUAGAUUAUCUGGAUUUUUUGGAUUUCUACACAGUGUUAGUUUGUUCUAGACAGCAAAAUCUCAGAACCUGUAGUCUCUGGGCUAUUAUUGUCUCAAAACGUUUUGGAAAGAAAUACCAGUGACCAGUGAGUAAUACAGGCUUGUUGAUUUGUAAAUGGAGAAGGAAAGGAACUAAAAAUCAAAGCUGUGUUUCUGGCAUUUUUGAUCUUUGAGACUGUUACCAUGUGAUGGUUGUUAAAAUAUGGUAAAUUUAAAUCAUCUGCCCAAAGGGCAAAGUUUGUGAUAAAGUCAGGGUUCAUCACGGAAAGUAUCUUCAUGGUGAAAUGUUCAGUUUUUAAUUGUUUUUUAAUGAUGAAGUUACUUAUUUGAUUUAGAUAGAACAUGAGGAGUAUGGUGAAGCCCUUGUUCUUGCACAGACCUAUGGACUGGACAGCGAUUUGGUUUAUCAGAAACAAUGGAGAAAAUCUCAUGUUUCAGUGGCUUCCAUUCACGAUUACUUGGUCAGUGUCAAUAAAAAUGUUUAAAAAAUCUCAUUUGGUUAGAUUGCACCUUUGAAGAUUGCAUUGUACUGUAAUUUAACUUCCUCCAGAGAUGAAAUAAUCAGAAAAACGUUUUAUUAAACUGGCUGUGAGUAUUCUCUGGUUGUUGUGUAAUUGUUUGAGUCAUACAAAAUGACUUGUAGUUUCCUAGUGCUGCAGAUGGGAGCAAAAACCAAUUGAUGUAAUACAAAAGAUUGAAAAGAAAGUAAACAUUACCCACUACCCCAAAAAACAAUUUGUAAUCAAUAAUGGUUUCCUGGUGGGGGAGGUGUGUAAACUGUACUCCUGACUUAAAGUGAUGGGGUGAUCAAAUGAGGGCAAAAAUCGAACCCCCCCACCUCAAAAAAAAAAACUUUCCCCAGGGAUCCAACAAAACCCAAACGAAUCCCUGGGCCAAAAGAAAGAGUUUCAAGGAAAAUCCUUGGCGGAAAAUUCUGAGAAUUUACAAGAGCAAAGGGGAAUGGCUGUAACGAUAAAACCAGGUGAAAAUCACGUUGGGUGAAAACGUCAAGUAAAUAAAUUGAAGUCUUGUUAGACUCAAUACAGUAGACACUGGUUUAAUGGAAUAUUUAGCAUGAGAUUAACCAAAAAAUAGGUUUGGUUUUACUUAUUUAGGAGAACUUAGCAACGACUUUCAUAAAAUAAAAAUCUACAGAUCAUGGCGGAAAUCUACAAGAUCUCUAAGAACUUACCAAAUUUUCGUACCCCAAAUAAUCCCAUAAUGGAAAAUUUCAAAUCCAUACGAACCUUCAGUCAUCCCAGUCACUUGGAAUUUAGAGUGCCCAACCUGAGAAUGGUUUAACUCCAAGAAAAGCCCAAAUGACUGGGAAUAAAAUUUACAGAGCUGUUGAAAUAAGACCUUUCCCGCAUUCCUGUGAACAAAGACGCCAACUCGAGGCUCGUGUGGACAGAAUAAAGUGAUUUGUAUGAAACUGUCCACCAAAACCUCUACCCCAUUUCCUUAUGUAUGCUCACUGGAGUAAUAUGUGGGAAUGGUCUAUUGGAUGCCCUUGCAUAUUAUUAAUAACUGUAACAUCUGCUUUUAAUCAUUGCAGAGUAAAGUUAAGAAUCGUUUGUGGGUACUUAAUGAAUGCGUGGACAGAGUGCCAGAAAAUUAUGAAGCAGCCAAGCAGUUGUUGCAGUAUGGACUUCAUGGAACAGAUGCCAAUGUGGUGAAGAGUGUUGGAAGUGAGCAAGGCCAAUUGCCUUUUAUUAUCAAGUCUAAGAGUGAUGAGUUUGAUGAAGAGGAGGAGAGAAAGAAGAAAAUCAAGGAGCUUGAAAAUUCUUUGGAGUUUGCCAGGUAUUAACAUAAGCUGAAAAAAUUUGCUAUUUAAUGAUCAGUCUGAAAAUUGUACAAAAUUCUGUAAGUCUUCUGCACCUUGCACUAGUGCAAACUCAAGAUAAUACGAUACUAUGAAUGCUCAUUUUGACCCUUCGAAGAGACUGGGUGAAUAUCACAAGCAAACAACACCUACCAUCUGGGAACACCAGUCAAAUCCACCCACUAGGUGGAUUGGGAGGGUCCGGUCAAAAUCCCUGAUCAGCGCCAGGAGACCGUGGGCGUUAAAAGGAAAACCCAGGAGGACAUCCAUAUCAGACACUCAGUCUCUGAACCUAAAUAGAGAUUAUGAACUACCCGCAGUUUUUAAUUUCUCGUUCUCUUGUGUUAAAAUACACAUAAGUCGCAUGUCAAUGCUAACAUUAGUCUUUGCUAAAGAAGACUCGAGAUAUAUUUGAAAGCUUCAGUGCUCUGAUAUUAUGAGACCUUUUUGGCGAAAGGUAUUAUGUUUUUUCGGUCUUACCUUGCAUUGUUGAUGGUGAAGACAUAUGGAUAUCAGUUGGAAUUACUUUAUUCAGAAUCGGGAAGAUUGAAAAAAUGCCAUAUAAGAGCUUAAGUUGAACCUUUUGAAUUUCCAUUUGAGUCUUGAAAAUAUCAUUGUCUUCCAGGUCAUCUCUGUUGUGUUUUGAAAUUUAUGAGUUCUUAACAGACAUGUUAUUAAUUAAGCUUUUUAUUUUUUUGAAAGAUGGUUUGCUUCUAAUACUUGUAGUUUUAUGAUACAUGCAUGUUAGCUCUCUGUAAAUAAUACCACCAGCUAAAUGAUGCAUGAUUUUGGUAACUGAUUUUUUUACUAUUUGAUCAGUUUCAACUUGGAGCAGCGUGACAUCUGCAUGUACCGACUAAAGUUACUCCAAUACCUUGAUCGCCUCUCUACUUAUGAAGCUAUUUUGGGCGGGGUCCACAUGGCGCAUGAGGAAUACUGCCACAUAUUCUUUGAACGAUUUAGAGAAAUAAAUAUCAUGCAAGCUGCUGUAGAGUAUGCUAGGGUAUGUUUUAGUUGUUGUGUUUGUUGUUCUUUUAAGUCAAAAGAAUUUGAUUUUGGUAUAAGCCUCUGAAAACAAGUCCCGAACUGACCCUCUUAAAAACAGGUUUGGCCUUUCUCUCCACCGUAGGUUCCAUAAUUGGUUUUAAAAUAAACAACUGUUCACCAUUUUGAUGAAAACAUAAACUGUUUUGUCAUAGGGCUAUGUAAAAAGCUAAGUUCGUGUCUUUUUUACCCCCAUGUUGACACUGUUCCUGGUAAGAUUAGUCUGUUUCAUCAGAAAAUGAAAUACAGACCCCAUGUAGCUUUGAACUGAAUAAUAAUCAGUCUCCUGCGAUGCCCAGCAUUUGCUUGGAUACGAAAAUCUGUCGCUAGGUUUCAAUUUUUAACGCCUUAGUGUUUAAGAUGGGUUGUAAAUGAUGUGAAAAACCUACUAUAGUAGAGGUGGGACUUUUCAUCCAUUUUUGGUAACAGCAAAGGUGAGUUUGAAACAAGUUAGUGUGGGGACGUCCAUAGAGUAAUUUGGAUCACAAGAACAAAACGUCUUGUAUGCAAUUUUUCAUGAAGGUCUUGAACUAGUUCUUCCAUUGUAAUCACCGAUUUACACCUGUCAUUUUUCAAAGCAGUAUCAUCAAUAUGUUUUUUCUUACAGGAUGGUAACUGUGAUGCGCUGGACGCCAUUUUUACUUACCACGGGAAAGAGACUCUUCCGCACAGGCUUGCUAUUCUAUCAAACUUUGACGAGACCAUUCCACCAUCUGAGUACCAAGCUCUUCUUCCAGAGGCAGGGUGAGUGUGAAAGCUCAACUUCCUUAAUAUUGAAAACAUAUGUGUUUUGAGUAGACAGAGGGAUGGACUUCUCAUCCUAGGCACUGGGUUACAUCUAUGUUCCGCCCCAUGUAAGGGCAUCCAAGACAGUCUUGAAUUCUGGAUUCCACGCUGUGGAUUCCGGACUUCAGGGAGUGGAUUCCAGACUUUGUCAUUGGAACUUGGAUUCCGGAUUUCAAUCGUUAUUGGGGUCCGUAUUCCUUUAGCGGUAUUCCGGAUUCCAGAUGCAAACAUUUCCCGUAUUCCGGAAUCCCUUGAAUGGGGCGAUAGGUACAGUACUGUAGUAGUGGUUUCCAUGGUACAUUAAAUACAUGUAACCUUAGUAGGGCUAUUUACAAAUUGAAAAGUUUGACCCAUUGCAUUUGUACUCCCAGAAGAGUGACGUUCGAUACUAAUAGUUUGGAGGACGAGGAUGACCACGAGGGCAAGAUUUGACUUAGAGAGUUUUUCGCGUAUUCUUAAAAAUGGACACUCCGUAAAGCUUCAUUUUACUUUUUUUCACUAGAAAAGUUGACAUGGUUUUAUUUAUUGAAGGAGGUUUAGCCCUCUCCUGAUCGCAAAAUGAUAAAACUGAAACUAAACUUGUUAACUACAACAUUUUCAAUAAAAUCCGUUGUAGAAUGACGAGGGCUAUCACGUUUUCUCGCUAAAAUGAUGUUGGUGCACGCGCGCGUGGUACUUAGUAUUGAGAAUAGUCUAGUUUUGAAGACGCAUUUUUUUACAGGCUUUGCCUCCAUCUGAAGUAAUGUAUUCACCAAUUCCAAGGAGAAAAAGACCUGUUUAUUACUCUGUCUAUGGUGUAUAUUCAAAUUUCAAACACUUACUUGCCGGAAUUUCUGAAUAUUUUACUCUAUGUCGAGGCUAACCCUGUAUAAAUGUGCCGUUAAUGUUUGUAUUCAGCAGUAAUUUUUAAUUCGAAACUGGACUAUUCUCGUUCUAUUGGUUGUCCUCGUCUAAGAAUCUGAAAGUCUCUAUUGACACUUAAAUGAAGGGAAAGAGGAUGACUAUGUUUGACUGUUUAUUUUUCCUUCCUGUUAUAGCUGUUGUGUAGAACCGGGGACAUUCUGUUGUACCGUAAUUCCUCUAAUCUAUUAAGCCCCCGUCAAAUGGACUUAAUAGAGGAUUUACGGGCUAGGAGGCUUAAUAGAGGAUUUACGGGCUAGGAGGCUUAAUAGUGGAUUUACGGUAUGUUCUUUUAGUUUCUCAGCAGGUGAUCCAGAUAUCUUAGAGUGGGAUGAAAAGUGUUGGAGAUGUGCCGAUUGGGCAGAGAUAGCUGAAUGCAAAAAAGUUGUGGGUUGGGAAGACUGUGGUGACCCAGCAGAAUUUAUUUAUCAAGAAAAUCCUGACUUACAACAGUACAGGUGAGGGAAAGAUGUUAGUGUUUCUUAUGAUUCUUUCACUGCCGUUAAACAACAUGGUGUUAGAAAAUGAAAAAGUGACUGUGUCCAAUUUGACAUUAACCCCCGUCCCCGUAUUCUUUUCACACCGUGAUGUGAAAGCGUUUAAUUCAAGAACUCAUUUGUUUAGGGAGUGGGGGGGUGGGGGGGGUAACUAGAAAUGGUAUAUAUGAUAGUUCUACAACAAUAUUGAUUUCCUUCAAAGAGUAAUUUUGUUUUGUUAGCUUAAGAUUUACGUAAGUACGAAGAAUGGACAAUUUUGUAAAAGUACAGACUAUUUUGCCAGGACAGUACUCUCGUUUGUGUUGGGUUUUUGUAAUAAAGGGAAGAUAUGGUACUGCUUUUCGCUUUGCCUUUAAGGUGUAAAUUAACUACAGGGGUGGUGGCGAAUUGGUACAGAAACAGAGCUUGUGAGAUGGAAUCUCUCUCUAAACAGGUACCUAUUCAUUAUAUCAUUAAUUUUUCGGGCUUCAAAAUAGGGAUUUUUCACCGCUCAGAAGAGAUUGUGUCGCAGAUAAGCCGCACUCUCGAGUUUGAACUUUAAGCAAAAGGCUGCAUUUUACACACGACUUUUUUACGGUAUUUAACCAUUUUGUUACAUCUAAAAUGUACAAAAUGUACUUGCAUUUUUCGUCACCCUGCUUUCAACUAACGCUUGUCCUUUCUUUUAAAAUAGAUAGACAAUUCACUGGAACUCAUUAAGCUUGGAAUGGAGAGAGGAAUCAAGGUAAUCAUUGCUUAACAUCAACAGUUUUCAGUCCAAAUUGUUUGGGGCAAAUGUACAUGUAGCAAAAAGGGAGUCUUUUUUGGUGUUAACUGGCGCUAUAUUUAUUUAUUCAGGGACUUGAAGAUCUUCAUGAUGACCUUGUUACACUUGAAGUACUGGUUUACGACGUAAGUUGUUUCUGCUUUCUCAUUGAAAGUUAGUGAAUUACCGAAGUCAAGCAUUAGUGAAACUUUAUGAAAUAAGUAGAGUCACAAUAAAACAACUUUCUUUUAAUCAUUUCGUUUCACACACAUUGUGCUUUGCAAUGGCUUCAGUACGUGUGCAAUAUGCCUUCUUCAAACAUUAGAAAUCCACAUAUAUACUGGUAAGGAGCGGAAAUUAGACAUUGAAGGUCAUAUUUAAUUUGACCCUCAUCAGCUUAGCGUAGAGAAUUAGGACAUACUGUUCGGUUCUGCAAUUUUCUCUGGGCAUUCAGCAUUUAGGUGCGAGUUAUGCUGAUAGAAAGUACAGUGUUUUUCCUGCUUGUUUUUCUUGAACAGUCAUAGUGACAAAAGUGAGUAACGAAUGACUUGUUAUUAACCACUGUAAGCGGUUGAUAUUUUUUUACACCCCAGAUCAAUGGAGUGAUAAUAGUUGGAUUAGAAUGUUUUUAUCUGUGUGUUCAUUCCAGAGCUGCGCUGAUGUGUAUCUCACCCUGAAAGCUUUUCAGAGUAUGACAGAGCUGGAAAAACUAAGAAUGCUACUUAGAAAAGUAAGUGGACGAUUAGAAUCGAAUAGAACCGUCAAGAUCGAAGCGAAUAGCGCCCUCCAAGAUCUCAUAAUUCUUCAUAUCAUACAAAAGCCCAAUCGAAUAAUAGUUUUCAAUGAAUGAAAAAAAAAAUAUUAUUAUUCACUCAGUUUUUUACCAAACACUCUUCCUUUGAAUAUUUCUUCGUUAGUUUUUUCUAGUAACUUACUUGACUUCCCUGACUAGAUUAGCUACUGGUACAUGCACCUGUGAGCCUUAUUACUUCUUAAUGUCAUCACCAUUCCAAAAAAGUUGAUGUUGAUGCUAUGUCCAGUAGAGUACCAUAUGUAGACUUAGUAGUCUAGCUUUAUUGUCUGUAGUAUGCAAUGCUUGAUAGAUAGGUACUGCUAAUCAUAGGCUAAUAUUACUGAUGGUGAGCAGCAGUUCUAGCUAGUUCUUUAGUCUUAAGGUGAUGUUGCACGGGACGAUUCGCAGCAAUUUUUUUUAGCUCAAAACAGCCUUGGAAUCUUGCAACUAUGUUGCAACCAUUCGAAAUAAUGUCGCAACAAUGUAGUUGCAACGUUGCGUUGUACUGAAAAUCGUCGUUGUGAAUCGUGUCGUGUAACAUUACCUUCAAGCAAUUCCGUCUUCUGGUCCUCUACUACCAGGGUGCAGAGUGUAACGCCUUUGGCAGCAAGGCACCUGCACGCCGUAGUAAGUGGCAUCAAAAUGACAGACCAGGGAUUCGUUUCUCGAAAGACCAGGUAACGUUUCGGACCUGAAAGCAAAUCUUAUAAUCAAAACCUGUUGAAUGGUAGCACAGUUCCUGGCUCGCAAACCAGUCAAUUCAGCUUCGUUAACUGAUAGUUUUAUUGUAUCAUUUUCAAAAUUAUUUAAGCUUUGAUCUUGAAUGCAAACAAGGGAAACACAAAACUGCUUCCCGGUACUUUCGAGAAACGGGUCCCAGCGUCGUUACCUUCCUUUUCCCUAAUAAACUCGAAUCUGUUAACAACAGUCUCCUUGGAAGUAACUGGUCGUAAAAGAGAGCGCUGGUGGUGUGGAGAGGUAGGAGUGUAAUGUAUGAUCACGAGACCCAUGUUUGUCCUCUAACAUCAGGGUUCAAGUGUUCAUCCCCUUUGGCUGGUUGAACACUGAAACCCUGUGGUAGAUGGCAUAACAAUACUGUCAGCCUUUUAAGUUGAAUAAACUUUAAAAUUGAGGGGCAAAAUAAGUAGACAUUCAGCUAAGUAAAUUUGUAAUUGUAACUCUUCAUUAAUUGUAGAUCUCAUGAUCACCAUUGUCAUUGUCACAUCAUAGCAAUUUAGUGGCGAUGAAUUUAGCCUUUGUUGUUGACUUGACUUAAUAAAUAGGAAUCACAGUACGAUAGGGUGAUAUCAUGAUCUAUUUUUGUUUUGUCACUAGAAUGACCGAUUUGGCAGGAUGCCAGUUCUUUUAAAAUUGAUAAGGUCAUGAGACUUAUUGGUUAAGUGAAAUUAGAAUGGUGUCCAUUGGUUGACUCGGUUUGAUGAAGGAAAAAACGUAAACGUGCUUUUGACAAAAAAUUGCCUAACCUAACAAUAAAGUUUGUUUCCCAUUGUACUUGAUGUCCUGGUUAGAGUUUAUUGAUUUUCGAUGCUCGUAGUGUGUUUAUUACUAAGGAUAAGGACAAACUGACUCUAAAAAGCUUCAUGUAAAUGCAGUUUUCUUGGGAACACUUUUGCCUACUAUUUCCUCCCAAUUCCCUGUUUUCCUUAACCACCACCAAAUUUUAGUUGUGUCCACCCUCCUCCUCCUCGUAAUGUAGCUGUCAGUAAUAUCUUUAGCUCUAGGUAGCUAACGUCCCACAUUUUGUUGGCCUGAUUCUCAGACGCUCCUGAUCGCUCGCGGCCACUCACUUCCCCGAGGUGUCCGGGAGCGAACUGGAGCGUCAAAACAUUAAGCUAACAUUUUGGUUUUAUGAGUCGAUUAAGUCAUUCCAGGCUUUACUCAAUAGUUAAUUUUAAGUCCUAAUGGGUUUGUCCUCCUAACACAGAGUUCCGAGGUUUUUUCCCUGUGGAACCUGUGGUAGAUUGCAUGACGAUCGCUGCGUCCCAGUAGCAUAGCAGAGAUAAAAUUAUCCCUUUUGAGGUGGAAUCUCUGUCAUUAAUUUAAGUUGUGUAAAUGUUAAUGACCUCAUUAAUAGGCAGGUCACUAAUUUCCUGACCUUCAGGAAAAUGAAAAUGUAUCUCUGCCAUGGUUGAAAAAGUUUAAAACUCUAAAAUAGCAGUCUUAAACUAAGUCUAAGACAGUAGAAAGAUAAUUGUGCUUGCGCUUUUUGAUUUUUUUAGUCCACAGAAGAGUCAUUCAUUGGAGAUUUCAAGCGCUGGGUUCUUCCUUUUUUGCAUCGUCUGGGAAAGCGCGAGAAGAAAUCUCAAAUCAACCUGAUCCAUCAGUAUUUGAUUGAUGUGGCCAAGGUAAUGUUACUGAUAAAUGAUACCAAAGUUUUAAAUUAGACUAUAAUCUUCUUACAACGAGAGAAAUCAAUGACGUAAGUGUUUCAACUAGCUGAUGCGGGUUUUUGAAAUUAGGCAGCCUAGAGUAUUCUUGUGUAGGCUUUAUCUGUUAACGAAGAAGAUUUUGGUCAUUUUUUGCGGUUACAAAUGUAGCAUUUGCCUGUAUGUAGAGGCAGUCUUAUGAAAUAUUAAAAGUUUAUUCAUUCCACAAAUGUCCAGAAUGAAGUCUAUGAAACAAACAAACUUAUGGGCUGAGCAAGACACUCAUGAUAUUAUAUUUGGGGCACAAAUGCAUUUUGAGAUUUCUACUUUUUGUCCCUUAAUACAGUAACUCAUACUAGGGUGGUCUGUCUAUCUGUUUGUGUGGGGAUGGAUGACUUUCCGGACGAAAUUAUUGAACAUGACGUCACCCCGAGGCUUAGUCUAGUUUAGUCUCUUUAUAGCAACGUAUUAGUAGGUGAUCACUUAGAUUGUCCAUGCACCAAUUCAGUUGAAAGAAUGAUGACAUGACGCGUUUACUCAGUUGAACGGAACCAAACUUUCCGGUUUGAUUGCUGCCGCAGUAAUAGUCAUCAACGUUUGUUGCUUUCCUUUUGUAUUAGACUGACUUGACCUAUGUGUUGAAAGUAUUUCAGAACUCUACACCUGAGGUAAUUAUAUAUUUUUUGCACUAUCGAUAUUUUUGCAGCUUUUAACCUCACCUGUCACUGCUUCUCACUCUGAAAUCUUAUUUGAUAUUUAUCAAUAUUUUUCAUCUAGACAUUAAUGUUGACCAGUGCCCUUUUCACCAUGCAAUUACGUAAAUUUGACAUUUUUCUUUGGCCUACGGUUGAAUAUUAUUCAACCUAAGGUCAGUUUUUGUUUCAUUCGCGUUAACAAUGUUCCUAUUGCUGUGUCUUUGUAGGUUAAGGAACCUAUCAUAGCUGAUGCUGCACAGCUCAUGAAGCUCGCCUUGGAUUGCAUUUACAUAACUAAAAGGUAUUUUAUCUCUUCCCCUUAAUAGUAAAACAUCCUAUGGCUGAAGAGUGGUGGAAGCGUAGAGUUCACAUGUUUUCUGAGGACGCAUAAGCAAUAGAAUUUGUGCAGGCUGUUAAGAACGAUUUAAAGGGGACAAGGAAAGAAGCGGGAAGAACUUCGUUCUUUUAACCUCCCACUUACUCCACAGAUCACACACUGUAAAUAAAAAAAAAACCGUUUUGCCCCUACAAAUUCGGCACUAUAUUUUGGUUCCACUUUGAUUACCUUUAUCAGGGCCAAUAAUGGUCCAGUGAUAAAGAUAAUGGUCCUACGGGCUGAAAUUGGUCCGAGCGUGGGCUGGAAUAGGUACUAAAUAGGUUUCCUCUCAGUUUAGUCUAAAGUUGCCGAAUAACGAGAGCAACAAAAAACGUGGCCAUUUUGACCGCUGGGCGCUGACCGGUUGAGUAUGAUUCUUUUUGAGAAACAGAUAGUCCUAAAGCAUAGCAUUAGAACUUUUAGUAGUGGUAAUUUACGUACUAAUAUCAGCGUAGUUGAUGAACUAGCGAAGAAGAAACUGAAACGAAAACCAAAGAAGAAAUCAAUACAUCGGCCAAUGAGUUAAUCAAUUCAUUACUCACCACAAAGUUACUUUAACACAUUGUUAUUAUUUUUACUUUUCAGGUGUGAUCAGCUGGAUCUAUCAUUUAGCAUACUGGAGUGCCUUCCAGCCAGUGACGAGGGGUAAGUAGAAUGAAUAAAAAUACAGGUCUUUAAAAAUCCAGUAUACCUACGCAUUUAUUGACUAAAUCAGACGACAAAAAAUUGCUCGUUUUCGUAUUGUGUGAACAUCUAUCAUGACAUUUUAUCCAUCGGAUCUGUAGAUCAGAGUUGUAGUCUUGGCUUUUUCUUUACUUUUACAAAUAUUUGCUGGUGACAUACUGUUGUGGGUAACACUACCGUAGACAAGCAUCCCUCCCGCGAAAUGUGAUAGUAUUUCUGUGAGGUGUCUCAUGCUGGAGAAUCUCAGAUAAGCUCGCUGUUUGGGCCUCUUUAGCUCAAAAUGUGCUUAGAAAAUUUGAAGCAUUUGGUGGAGGUGCAGGGGGAGUCAUUCCGGUUGGGUGACAACUGUUGUUACGCCAUUUCUUUAUACCCUAGUCACCCGACUGAUUGCCCCUUGGUCUCCAAGGAAGGUAUAUGCUUGAACCAUAUUUGUUAUCACUAAGCUAACACUACACAUCAUUGUCUUCGCAAAGACCAGAGGUUAGACCAUGGUCAAGCCUUAAAAUCAAUGUAUUUACAUUGGGCGGAGCUAAACGUAGUGGUAGUGACAGAGAAUGUAAAUACUUUCCUAUUGGUAUGAACGCACGUGAGCUGCUAUGGCGUUAAUUGACUCUAUUGUUAUUAGGUAUAUAAGGUUUUGACAGUUGUAAUGUAUUCAUCUCAGCUCUCGAACUAUCAACUUUUAUUUUUAUAUCUUACUUUAUUCAUCUAUCAAUUGAUUUUUUACCUUUAACCCCCAGAGGUUGUGCGACCACAUCGGUUGGGGAAUACGUUCCCAAUUUUUUCCCAUUGGGUUUUUUGGGUUUUCGUAUCAGGCGGCGCACAUGAUCAGUUUAGCCUGAGUGACUUUAUUUAGGAAUAUUUGUGUACCAUUCUUUAGUUAUGAUGUUGAACUUUGUAUGUUAUUUGGACGGCAUUAAACACUCAGGCUCCAUAGUUCGAGCUGAACACCCAUUCCCGUCUCUUAGUCGUGAAUAUAAACAGGAACUCUCAAGAAUCUAGUGGCCGUUUUUUUACUUUCUCGUUUUUUUGACAAAUGUCAUAAAUGUAUUUAAUGUGAUUGUUAUUUAUUUGCGAUACUUUUUAAUUUUUUUAAUGCAGUGUGUUAUCUGAACAAAUAAAGGAGCUGAACAAACAGGUGGAUCAGUUGGAGGUUUAUUUAUGGUGAGUUGAUGGUUCAAAGGUGUGUUAUAUACAAAUGAUAACUUCUAGCCUUCUAAAAGCAUCACCUUCCUGGAAAUAACGGCCUGCCAAAGCUACUGUAAUGGUAACAGUUUAACUAUCAUAUGGUUUUAGAUAGUUUGUAAGCUCAAUUGACUGCAAUUCCUAAGUAUGCAGAUAUUUAUAACAGAAGAUUUUUUAAAGAUUUUAUGUUGGUUUUUUCUUAGUGCGUGCGAGAGCCUCGCCAAACAUGGUCUUCAAAAACCGGUUUCCUUUAUCCUGGAUACACAUGUAAGACUUUGUCGCGUUUUUAGCACAAUUAUUACUUUGGUACAUGUAAGACUUGUUUACUGGGUUAGUUAUGUUCAACUGAGUAGUGUUCUGCUUUAAGUAACAUUAAUUACUCGUUAAGAAAUGGUUCGAGUGUUUUUUAAUAUUUUUUCCCUGUAAUUUUUAAUUAUUUUUAAUUGUAAUCAUAAAACGUAGUUACUUUCUUUGUAUCUCAAACAAUUUCUAUACGGGUAUACGCUUUCAUUCCAUUAUUGUAGUUUAGAUGUAGAAACUACCUACUACCUCCAUGGGAAACGAAAAAUAGCCAUGAAAGAACAAUUCAUAGUCAACAUUGAGCAAUAAUGAAGUAAAUAACUUUAGAUCAGUGUCACGCAACCAUGAAGGUACAUUCUAAGAAAUUUUUCACACAUAGAUUCUAAUUUUACAGGCAUUCAUGCUUGCAUAGAAGUCUCUUGUUGUUUUUGUUGUUGUUUACACAGGGUAAUUUAGAAGAAGCAAAAGCUCUCAUGACUGCUUUAACAAAAGCUGCCACAAAACGGUAAGUGUAAGAGUCGAGGGUGUGUUAGGUUGGCAGUAUUCUGAAUAAACACAAUUCGGACUUAACUCUAGAAAUGGCUUCUUCAUGAUAAUGCUUAAUUAAUCGGCGCGGUAACUACUGCGUCCUUCACCAACGAAAGCUAUCGAGAUUGACUCAAAUGUAUAAGGUUCUUGGAAGAAUAGAGAACUCUCACUUACUCGGACACCAUGGGCCUCAGCACUUGGUAUCCAUUUUAGACACGUCAGUCCGUAGGUGGUGUCAGUUGGCUUGUAAUAUAUUGAACACCUUACCCUACGCUUUUAUUUGAUAUCCAGAGACGGAUAAGUGUAUUGGAUGGGCCCACUUGUUCUCAAGUGCUUGUGAUAUAGCUUUCUAAGUGAUCAGCGAUUCUUCAAGAAUUUCUCAAAACGAUAUUCAAAACCUAUUUCUUGUUAGCGAUCUUCUCUGAUUUAUGUACAAUCAUUGUUUAUCAGCUUGAGAAGGUUUUUUUUUUCGCUGAUCGGUAUUUUAACUACAGUCGACUCUCUCUUAACGGACACCUCUGUAAAACGGACACUGAGAGUUGGUCCCUGCCUUUCUUUACUCAUUUUAUUUGACUCUUUAUAAGAAGGACACCUCUCUAAGACGGACACUUAGGGCCGGUCCCAAAGGUCUCCGUCGUAGAGAGAGUUGACUGUAUAUUCUUAACGUCAACAUUGUUCUUACAGGAGUCCGCCAUUAAAGGAAAGUAACUGGCGUAGUCUUCUCAGUGAUAUGUUGACCUUGCAAAGAGAAGUGUAUACUUGCAUUGACCCGUCUGUUUGUUAUGAGGUGCGGUAUAAGAAUACUAGAUGUCAAUUUUGUUUGAACAGAAUACUCGAUAUUAACGCAAUUUGAUAAGAGAAUUCAGUAAACAGAAAAAGGAGAUGUGCUUGUAUUUAUGGAAGGACUAUGAUCCUUGAUCAUGACUAUUCUUGUGAAAGGCGUACGUAGAAUUUUUGAACAUUGAAUCAUCUUGUUGAGUACCGUGCGAGCACUGCGAGACUCUACGAUCUUCUUAGACAAGUCGGGGAAGAGGAAAGGACCUCUAAAAGCCGCCGCAACUUUCUCUGAUUUGCCGCUCAUCCACCGAUUUAUAUAGGAAGAUCGAAGGGCCUCUACUCGCUAGGUACCAGGCGAAGACUCUUUUGCUGGAGUUUAAGAGGAAAGUCAAAAAGUGGUACGUAGCUAUAUCAAUUGCCAGCCCCCUGUUUCCAAAAAAUAUAGCUAUUCUACGACGUUGCCCAGCUUCUCCCUUCGAAGACUUAACUUUAUCUUAGCUUAUUUUAAAUUGUUACGUUAAGGCACUAUUUUCUCUCUUAUAAUUUUCUAUUUUGUUCUAAUCCUAGAUAUAUACAGAAACCCUUCUUCACUCAGGCAGAAGAGAGUGCAUCCUGUUAGCUGGGAAAAUGAUUUGCAAGACCGCCAUGGAAGAUGACUAUCCGACGCCUGAAAGCCCUGUCGCUGGUCCUCGUAUAAAGUGUGCUAAAGCCACAGAACUUGUGUUAGGUGCAGCUAAAGAGUACUUCAACUCCUCUGCAGAUUUGUCAGAUAAGGCCAUGGACUUAGCCAGGGAAUGUUUAAAUCUCAUGGAGGAUCGACAACCUGCACUGCAAGAAGAGUUUAAUUUGAUUGCUGCUUUAGCAUUGCUGGAUAAUUUUGGAAUCUCAAUUCUUCCCCUGCAAGGUGCGUGUAACCAGUGCGUGCUCUGGCAUUUUACGAGCUUUUGAUAUGAACAAUUUAUUCUGAGUACGUUUUUGAAGCUGUAUUUGAGCUGAUAUAAGUGGAGAAAGUUAAAAAGGCGGCUAGUUGCACGCAUGAGUCAUAUUGAGUUGUAAAACCAGAGUAACUGCAGUUUUGUUGGUGUCCUGGACAGUGCAGCUGCCAGGCAAGCUAAUAAUCCACAACACGAUAAAACAGCUAACCAAAAGUUGUUUUCGCAACGCUAGUAACACCCAUUGCAUUUGGCAGUCAAUUAAAAGUUGCUCUUUUACUUGCUGGUACUUCUCUAGGGCUGUGGCAACCGUUGUAAUGUUCAAAUUCCUAUACAAAGCGGUAGCUGUUAGCGGUGUGGCAGGUGUUAGCCUUUUGUUUGCUUGCAUUACAGUUCGUUUGUGCGAAGACAAACUUGGUUUAAUCAGGCAAGUUCUGGACUCCUCUUCUACAGCUUAUAAGAAGAAGCAAAAGGUAAGUCGGGAAAAUCAUAUUGCCGUCCAGAAGUCACAUUUUCAGGAAGCUUUUCUUGAUUCAGUACUUCUGAUUCUGGUACUUCUGCUGUAAAUAGUGCCAGAUAGACUGGAAUAUCAAUGUGAAGAUUGGUGUUUGAAGGCCUAUACUUUUGGUUUAGCUAACCUAAGUUGGUUAACAGCAACCGUUCAAGCUUCACAAAAUGCUAUAUCCCAUCCAACAAUAUGUUAGAAUCACUGAUGAAGUUUUCCCUCAUCCAAACUAAAGCUCUUCUCAAAGUGUAAAUCUCAUAUUACUGGAUAUAGAUGUUCAGAUAAGUGUUUACAAGACUAUGUUAUAAUCUAGUGUGUCAGGUAGUGUGAUUAUCAAUUGCCUAGUGCUACCACGGUUGUGGCUGUGGUUUUCCUGGAUCCUUUUAUUUGGCGCGCUGUGUCUCGUAUUGAUAUAAAAGUCAUUUCAGGGGUACGUAAACAUCAAGAAAACGUUCGCUUAUAUUUUUCUGUCUUUUUUUUCCCACCAGAUCCUUCACCUUGCCAGCCUUUUGCAGAUCUCGGGUUCUGAUGAAAGCGCCAGACUUGGUCGUGUGCUUAUGUUGGUUGCUGAAUCCGCUAUAGAGGCACGUGACUACAGAUUUGCAUAUGAAACGUGUAAGGGACUGAUAUCUCAGGAAUAUGUUCCAGCAUGGACUAUUUGCAGGUAAAGAAUUACCCGUGUCUUCUGUGUUAGGGGUCCAAGAACAUCUGGUCUGGUUAAUUUGUAACCUAUGAUUAUGCCUUUUCUUGUUAGGGUUCUUGGAGAAUGUGAAGAUUUUAAAGAUUUGAAGGCAAGGUAGGUUUUUAUUGCUAGGUUGGAAGAGUAGGGAAGAUGGUCUUUUGUUAUUAAGUGUCAAUACAGUUAAUGAUCUUUCCCCUUUCAUUCUUCUAUCGGCAAAGGAAUGUGUUGACUGUAUAAAGGACUGCGUAUAUACUUUGGUGCUGCUCAAUUCUGUGGCCUAUUGUAACUUCAUCUAACUUGAAAAUUUCCUUGACUAUGGUAUGGUCUUUCUGAAAUCGCCUGAAGUCUUGUUUUUGUAUAAUUGUUUCUUUCUUGUAGCUUGCUAGUUGGAAAACAGUGCUCUUGAAUUGAUAUCAGAGGGAGUCUUGGGUUGCAGUAUACGUUUAUUUCAAUGGCAGUCAUACACUGUAAUCAACUAUUAUCACAUCAUAUUCCGCUUUAUCAAUUAUGUCAGUGCCUCUCAACAUUGCAUUAUACAAUGGAACCUCUACAGACACACACUUAAUACAGACACCCAUAUAUAAUGGACAGUCCUUUGUCCCGACACUGAAAAAUCUCAUUUAUUUUCUCUAAAAAUAACCCGCUUAAUACGGACAGCCGGAUAACACGGACACUAUGGCAUGUCCCCUUGGCGUCCGUAUUAACCAGGUUCCGCUGUUGUUAUAAUACAUGUCCUCUGUUUAAUAUUUUCAUGAUUUGGUUGAAAGUAAUGUGUUGGCCUGCCUUGUACUGAGUUUCUGUCCAUUAAUGCAGCUCCAAAUGUUACGUUCUUUAAUCUCUUUUUCCAAGACAAUCUCUUCUGGCGUUUUCACUGACUCAUUGCACGCCAGAUGAGCUGGAGCCUCUUCUCAAAGCUAGAAGCCUGUUAGAGACAAAGGUAAACAUCAGUUAGCAUAUUGCAUUAUUGCCUACUUGUUUGUCCACUUAAAAAAUAUCCUCAUUUGACAGUAUUAAAAGUUGUCGCUUCUCUCUCCAAUACGAGGAGAAAUUGGGUCGAGUUAACUUUCGCGAAGAAUUGUGGGACUGUUACUAGGGAGAGGAAAACAAUUGGCCAAUAGCUGACUGACGCAUCCCUAGUAAGGAUCACAAAAAGAAUAGACCAUUUUACAGUUACGAGCUUGGUACCCUAGCCUCUGAGUGAACGUGAGGCUGAGGUUGACCUUGUUUUGAUACAAACCUCCUUCCUUUUCUUAUGAAAAUAUGCUAAAAAAUACUAGCUAGCAUAAGGACAACAUGAUUGCCAACGAGCCAUCCGAGCGAAGACGCUCGGAUGGCGAGGCGGCAGCAGAAUAGAGCCGCGCAAGACUCAGCUGUAGGCAGAAAAAUUCUCGAUCGAGCUUCAAAAAGUGUAACCUCAUGUAAUGUAGAUUCCUCUGAGACCAAGUGGUGUGACAGUUUCAGCCAAUCAAAAGGCGGUAAACUAUACUUCGCGCACAUGUGUUCUUUCCUCGGCGGCACGUGAAGAGUGAACUUGAAUAUGGUACGCUUUUAUUGUUUAUUCACCUAAAUUUGGCCCCGGCAGUCAAGGAAAAUGAAAACUUGAUGCGUUGUAUUAAUUUGGGGCCAUUAAUGUAAGGUUGUAACGAAGAUAAGCUUUUAAAGCAACAGUUGAAGCAAAGAAAAGUUUUCCAUGUGAAACAAGCAAUUCUCACCACUAAAAAAAGGAUCAGAUUUAAUACACGUAGAGAUAAGGAAAGCUUGAUACGAAUACUGAAGUCGCUUCUGUUGGAAAAUCUGAUGUUGGGGAAAAAAUCUAAUCAGCAAAUGGAAAAAUAAGAAUAUUAAUAAAAAAGAAUUACAAGCCUAAAGCGAACGACAAAGGAUAAGAAAACAACGCUAUUUUUUUUGAACCCUGGCCGAGUUUAUAAUAAAGUGAAAACAAAAUACCAACGUGCCGUACAUCGCAUGUCCUUGAAAACAUUUCAAUCAGCGCACCGAAUCAUUCGAAAAUUCAAUCGGGAACUCGACAAAAAGCCUCGGGAAAUUUCAGAGGAGGUGUAAAUGAUUAAACUGCACAAAUAUUUAUUUACAAAGUGAAACCGAACCGACACUAAUUUUGUAGUGGUAAGAGAUACGAUCAUUUUUUAUAUUUCCCCCUAAAUAUUACCGAUCGCUUCCUCUGCAAGCUGUUUUAUUCUCUCAAAAAAGUAUGCCUUAUGACACUUCAAACUUUUAUAUAGCAGGUUCGUAAAGCCACAGGAGUCUGAGGACUGACUCUUCUCCGAACUUUAUACUUGCAUAGCACCUCAGUUUCAAGAAAAUAAUCGUUUCAACAGGAAGGGAACAAGAAACUGUCAAAUGUUGGAAAAAAGGAACCAUUCCUAUGCAAAAUACGCAUGAUUAGCUCGUUGGCACUCUAUCAAUAGGUAUACCUAGUUAACAUUAUAAAGAAGAAAGGGUUGUAUCAAAACAAGGUGAACUCCAGCCUCGUUUCCACCUGCUACUGUAAAAUGGACUAUUGUGGGACGCAUUUCGGCGGCAGUUUUCUUCUCUUUUCAAAAAUGGCAAAUUUCCUUACGUGGGAAGUGCACUCCAAUUUUAAAAAAUCCUAACGAAAAAAAAUCGCUGUUAUUCACUUGUUUUUUUUUAAUAUUGUACAAAUUACAUACCUUAAUUCCAAUCUUUGGUUUACUUACUUUGUUGGCUGUUUUUAAUGAAUUAUUUACGUAUUGCUCGUUAGAUAUUGUAUCAGGAAUUGAACCAUCAUAUGCAGGCCACAGAUCAGGUUAGAGGUAUUUGUCAUGUCUCACGGUCGCACCGUUCCAUUCAGUUGUGUCUAGCUUCAAGAACUAAUACCAUAUUUACUCGAAAAAGCAUCGCGGUGCUUAUUAAAUUUUCGUUAUCUGUAAUAACACCAAAGAAAAUUUCUCAUGGGAGCCCAAGAAAAUAAAUGUCAAAGCUCACAAAUAACAUCUUACACAUGAAAUUUCAAAAAAAUUAAUCCAUGUUUGUCCUUGCCAUGCGUAGCAACAGACGGCAGGAAACACUUUUAAUUGCUAAAUAUAGUCUUAAGUAACAAAACAGGUGUUCAAUUUGCGAUACGUUUUAGCUUUCUAAAUAGCAUGGCAUGAAACAAGUAUCGUUUUCAGUACAGGGAGAGCUCUGUCAUAUUCUAUUUUGUAUUGAUUGCUGUAUAGGAAAGUGGAGAUUCGUCUUCAGAUCAGGGCCUUUUAGCACAUCCCAAGUCACUGUUAUCAGCUGUUGGAGACAAGAAAUUCUGGAAGAGUACAAUGAAGUGGAUCAGACCUCUUCAUGAUGAAAAGGCCACAGAAACAGACAGUGAGCUGAUCUCGCCAAUCUCACAGAUUGUUAAUACGCACGGAUUUCAUCCAUUCUACAGGUCACUGGUGGAAGAGAACAUAACGAGAUUGAAAGGGGUGGGUAGAGAAUUGAAAAUAGCAGCGUUUAGUAGAACGUUGUCUGUUAAAACAACCAUCUCACAAUAUGCUGUAUUUUGUGCGCAUUUUGAUUGGUCCAUCGUCAGUUCUAAGGCUCCGCUCAAAGGAAACUUAAAAGGAGCCCGGUGCUUUGAACCUGUGAAAUCAUGGGCACGCUGCGUAUGAUCUGUAUGGAAAACCAAGAUUUUCUAGUCGCCCGAGAGUAAAAGUUUUAUGCCAGGGGCUAUUGUGCUUUGCGACAGCAUGCUCUUAUUGGCGUCCUUUUAACACACUUGUAGCUUCGUAAAGAGCCCUUUACAUCUCGCCCUUCCUCAGCUGGUCUUGAUGUGUGGAGGUAAAACGUAGUUGUGACCGUUUUAAUGAAACAUUUUCGUUCACUAGUAAGUACUUUUAAACGCUACUCCACGAUUUUUUUGGUCUCUCUGAAGUGACAGCUGGAAUUGAGUGGUUCAUAGUUGCCUUAUUACAGUUUUGUCUUGAAAAAUAAAUGUAAUAAACGUUUACAGGAAUAUUAUGCUGAUACUUUGUCUUUACUGGUGUUUAGGAUAGAUUACCGUAUGAACAGCACAUUGCUAGAGAGAUGGCCAACAAACCACUGUUAUUCAGCCGCUGUUUGUUAAGGACGCAAAAACUGUCAGAGAGCAGGUCUGAAGGUGCAAUAACUGAACCAACAAGCGAAGGUAUAAUUGAGCAUUCUGAGUCACUGAACAUAGGCUGCGAAAACAUCCGUUUCUCCUCGCUCUUCGCCGCCGGGGACGUUUCGCGCGGAGGAACGUCUGCGACUCAGCGACAGAAAUACCAUACUGAUGACGUAAAAUCUGUCCGGAAUCCAGUCAAAAGAGCUGAUUGGUCGGCGGAGUAGUUACAUUGUUUUAGCCAUUGUUUACGAAUGACAAACAAAAGACAAAAGGCCACUUCCUCCGCGCGAAACGUCCCCAGCAGCGAAGAGCGAGGAGAAACGGAUGUUUUCGCAGGCUAAACUGAACACUGAUGAUGCCAAAGAUGUAUCUUUUUAACACUUUUGCAACUGUGUCUCAUGGAAUAUGUUUACCUCUGGGGAUGCGUUUAGGGAUUUCAACUUUAAGCAUUUGCAUUCCUGUUUUUUUUUUUUUUGGUUAUUAUGGUCUGUGAUGGAUUUAUGUCGAAUACUCGUGGAGUUGAGCAGGGAAAAUAGGGGCGCUUUCUAUUCAGCCAAGCCGUUCGAAAAUGUGGAAACAGCGGCAAAUGGCACAGAAAUUUCCCUGAAAAGUUUCCAGAAAUUCCGGAAACUGUUGGAUUUCCGAAUGCGAACCAUUCAACCGAAAAUUCUAGAAAUUCCGGGAGAUCAGGUGAAUGGAAAAACAACUUCCGGGAAAAAAAUUUCGACAAUUUGGGUAUACCUCGCUAGGUUGUCCCCUUUUUGGAAAUUUUUGAAAAUGCUGUUCCAUUCGCUACUGAAAGUUGUCGAAAAUUUAAACCGGAAGUUUUGGUUGAAUGGAGUCGUGGUUUCUCCACUUAGUAACACCGGUUGACCGGUGCUAUUAGGUGAGGGUGUCCAUCCCUGGUAAAGUUACCAUGGUUACCACUGCAUUAAGUUGUGCUUCCUUUGAUUUUGUUGUUGGUAUAUCCUGUUGCUCAUUUCCAGCACCUGUCCUCCAUAUCCCCUCUGUCUAUUACAUAACAUAGACAUCAUUCUCAUAACUUCUUCAUGUAAUCGCCAUGAUGUUUGCUUAUUUUUUUACAGUGAUAAUCCAGUUGGCAGAGUCGAUUUUGAAGGAAGACACUACCCUUGGGAUAGCUUACCUUCUUGCACUUCAUGAGGUUUGUAUUGGAUCCCUGGGAUGGGAAAACAAACCUUGCUAGUUACCUUAACUUGUAGAGAAGAGAAAUAAAACGACAAAGUGGACGAGACAUAAAAUAUUGGAAUUUAACAUGAAUGAUGUCCCAGGCAGGAACGUGUGAUGCACCCCUAAGAAUGUCUGCGGGGGAGGCUAUUAUAUUACAAAUGCUACAAUCGUGUUCCUUGGAACGGUAAUGCAAUAGUGAUAACAACCUGUAAUCGUAGGAUGCCAACAUAAAGCAGUGCUAUGUCUUUUUACAGAUUCCUUGCAGUUCCUCCCCCCACCCUAUGCAAUGUAGGUGCAAAUAUCAAAAGAUUUUUAAAGGAUGUUUUUGUAGUUUGUUGUUAAUCGGAGAACACACGAAAAACAUUGGUCUGGGUGCCCCGUUUGCUUGUUAAUUUGUAUAACACAAGCUUUAUCCUUUGUUUUGUUUUUUCAGGCUAACAAGGUUGAUGAAUUCUUCAGCAGUUUAGGUAGCAGUUAUCUGUGUCUUCACAUGGCAGCCUACUGCUUUGCAUUGAAUACUUACAACAACAUUCAGCCUUCAAUGCAGACUCGGCAAGCAGAUGUCUAUUAUCAAUUGCCAUCAGACCUCAUUGAUCACGUGAUGCAUCAUAUUGCUGCUGACAUCCAUGGUAACUGGCCCAAGGAAUCUCAGGACUUUGUCAACUUCCUGGUGCAGUAUCACAAUCGUAUGGCUGACUUUGCACAAGGACAACUGCUACAGAGCUUGGGAAAGGGUAUGUAAAAGCUGGGUACUACCUACUUAAGGUCUCGGUAAAGGAAAACGAGGUGCCCACAGAAAAAAAUUCUAGUCGCGCGAGUAUUUUCGCUACAAAGGCAAGUUAUAUGUCAAAUUAAAGCUAAAAGACUAAAUUACCUUAUAAAAGGUUUUAUUUCAUCGAAUUUCAAAAGGCGCUUAAGUUUUUUGCUCUCGAACUCAGAGGUAUCGAGUUUACUGCUGAAGCUCCAGCCCUUUCGCGUUGUUAAAUAUUAUUGCAUCUGAUUGACAGAUGAAAGACCUAAAAAAGGGUGUGAGGAAAUUUGCAUAUGUCUCGUAUUAGCGGAAUUAUUGCAUUUCAAACUAAAAAGUCGAAUCUCCAGCGCGAUUUACGCAAAGAAACUGACAUAAAAUGAGUUACAAAGGGAAAUCGGAAAAUUGCUCACACCCUUUUUUAGGUCUUUUAUCUGUCAAUCAGAUGCAAUAAAAAUGAAGUGAAUAUUUAACAACGCGAAAGGGCUAGAGCUUCAGCCGUAAACUCGAUGCCUUUUGAAACUCGAUGAAAUAAAAUCUUUUAUAAGGUAAUUUAGUCUUUUAGCUUUAAUUUGAUAUAUAACUUGCCUUUGUAGUGAAAAUACUCGCGCGACUAGAAUUUUUUUUCUGUGGGCACCUCGUUUUCCUUUACCGAGACCUUAAUAAUGCCCUGACAGUUUAAAGAAUGUUAUGGUUGUUUUUCAAGCAAACUCUUUGUCACUGUAUUUUGAUACUGAUUAAAUUAUCAUUAUUGGAUGAGGCUUUUUUUGUAUCUUCCACUACCUUCCCUACGGACAGUUCUGUGAUGGAGACAUGUGGUUCUAUUCCUUACGUGUCUGUUUUUAAAGGGGUGUAACUUCUGCCAAUCCUGGCAAUUUUGUUGAACCUUUACAUACUGGGCCCGCUUGUUCAAAACCGUGGUAACGCUAUCCACUGGAUAACGUAAUUGGUUUCCCUAAAACGUAUUCGCUGGAUAGUGAUUUAUCUGGUGGAGAGCUUUAUCCACUGUUUGAACAGUCGGUGCCUAGUAUUUUGUUGUAUCCUAAAUCAAAGACGUUUUAAUUGCAGGAGUUGAUAUCGGCCGUUUUGCCCAGGAUCCAGAGUAUAAGCGAGAGACUAUUCUUGGUUUAGCAAUGUACGGUAAAUCCUUCAUGUCGUUAGUGUCACUGUGUACCUGUAAGGAAAGCAUCGUAUAUCUUAAGACUUUGCUCAUAACUUGUUUCUGUAUCCUUACUUGCGGUUAAAGGUUUUUGAAACCAAAGGAAUAUAAGGUCAUGCACUUCUCUCUGAACUCACUUCACUCUAAGGAAAGGUCGGCUUCAUGGGACUGAGGUCCUUAUAUUACUAAGCACGAAGCUGUGAGUGGAGAGAGGCAUCAGUCAGUAACUGGCUUCAGUGUUACAGUACUGACCUACAUUAGAUAACCGGCUUACAGUGAUUUAUACCGCCACCUGGCAAGUUCAGUUGCUUGAGUACCUGAUUAUGAAGCGGUUCGCCCAGUUUCGAUUCCUGUUCGGAGCAGCACUCAGUUAAAAUAACUGAGAAGAAAGUGAUGCCCUUGAUCUGACAUCUCCAGGCGGUUAGGCAAUCUGGUUUUCUCAAUCAAGAACGAAAAACUGCAGGAUCCAUCUCACAGAACUGUUAACCUACAAUGAAAUCCGUCUAGCCAACUAGGCUUUAACAAAACUGUCGCGGAACGACCUCUACUCUUUUUAUAUACCUCGUUUCACAAUUCACAUUUGUGGGCAUUGUGAUCCAUUCUAAUUUCAUGAACGUUCCAAAGUCUUACAGUGUUAUCUCUCCAAAAACCCCUAAGUGGAGUGGGUAACAAGACAUUUUACAUUGUGCCAUUUAACGCCUCUUUGUAGAACAUAGGAAACUAAUUUAGUUUACAUGAGAUACUAGAAUACUUUCUUUUACCUAGUUUUGUCAAGCAAAAUCAUCUUGCGUUUGUAGAAGGAUUACUUUUUUCAGAGAUAUAAUAAUCAUAAUAAUGGGUUUCCUCUUAGAGUUGUAACUCAAAGAUAGUCGUCGGAGGAAGAACAUAUUGCCUCAUUUUCGCAGAUCUUUAUGACCAGAGCUUUUCUUGAUAGGGCCCUUGAGGAAGAGGUUUUCGACACAGCAAUGUCCUUGGCAGAGCGAUAUGAUGUUUCAAAAUGGGAAAUGAUGAUGACCCAUUUGGAGUGUCUGUUCUCAGAUAGCAAGUAAGCCUUAACUUAGACCAUUCAUUUUCUUACAAAAGAUUGAAUCUUGCAAGUUCUUAACCGUGGACAUUGCAUUAUUCUUCACGGGAUCAACCACCAUCGCAAAUAUGUUUUAGUUUGGGGGUUAAGGAAGUUGGAGGGUUUAAGAAUUUUCCUUCUGAAUUUUAAAUUUCCUUUCAGUCUCUCGACAAAAGAGAUUCAAGAAAGAGUCAACAAAGUGAGCGCCAUGAGCACUCUCCUACAGGAUCCAUGCAAAGUAAGUCAGAAUGUUAACUUUUUGUGUUAACUGACUUGUUAUUGUGGAAUAAUGUUUUUUGUGGUUUAAUUAUAAUUUUGUUUUUCAUACAUCCCGUCCCUUUCACAUGUCAGUUAAGACCCGCGAGGUUUUCUACGGGGAUCGCUCCUUCUACCUACGUGAUUAUUUUAAACCUGCCAUACUUUCCCCAAACUGUUUUGAGGCAUAAAACGAAAGCUGAGUUUUCAUUGCACUCCUUUUCAACCGACUUUUUUGUCUAUUCUCGGUCUCUCCUUCCCCGGUUUUGAGAUUCGCGGUUUUUGCAAAUGGGUUAUACAUCUAUCAACAUUGCACAGGGUGUAACGUGUUAAGUGUUUCAACAAAUUUGAUCACUAUUUUAGCUGUACAGAAUGAGGGGAUAUUUUCUAAUGACCAUUGCAUUUUCUAAUAUAAACUAACCUUGGACUGUGCAUCAUUUACUACCAGGCCCCAGUUGUUCAAAAGUUGGAUAGCGCUUUCCACCGGAUAAAUCACUAUCCAACGGAUACGUGUUAGGGAGGCCAAUUGUGCUAUCCAGUGGAUAGUGAUUUAUCCGGUGGAUAGUGUUAUAUAGUGUUAUCCACCUUGUGAACAACUGGGGCAAGGUCUGCAAAACUUGUCAAAUCAAGUGCAUGCCAACUUCCUGAUAAUGUUUUAUAGGUAGCGGAAAGAAUGGCUGAGAACGUGUACAUAACCAUUGACGGCACAAAACACGCAAGAUUAAUUUAUUACUACAUGUUGCUGGAGCAGUGUGAAGAAAAGGAUCAAAGCUUGAAGGUACAAAUGGUAUUCAGACUAAUGUAGAUCUUAUUUGGAACUGACCACAGACUGGUUAGAAGAGGAGCGUCAUGUUCUUAAUGAGCAGGCUUGAUUGUAGUGGUUUAAAGGGGCUAGGUCACACUAUUUGCUUUCUUUUUUAAAAGCUAAAUCGUGUCCUUUCCUCAAUAGAAUAUUUUGAAAAAAUUUCUUUGUUUGGUAUUUAUGACUAUAUUUACUAGGUAUUGAAACUGUUUCCUGUCGUCUGUUACUACGUUUGAACAUGGACGGGCCACCUUUGUCAAGUUUAAAUGCCAUGCUUGCUAAAAUCACCGAAUUAGUUCUCAAAUUACUUCUCAAUUUUAAUUUUUACAAUAACUGAGCGAACCUCGCGCGCUGAUUGGUCGAGAACUAUGGUCUAUGAGAGUAUGGACCAUGGAUAUGACGUAACAUGUCACCUAAAAAAUUAAAUCGACCAGAAUUUAGUAAGCCUUUACCCAUGCAUAAAAUGUUCCUGUUGAGUUUUGAAGAAUAUUUAACAAAUCGACCACAAUUUUCUAUGGUCUACACUUGUAUAAACCAUAGAAAUGACGCCAUAAAAUGUUCAAAACUUUGCAGUGAAACCACUCGCCGGCCUGCUUUUCGUGGUUCCACUUGAGUUUUGAACAUUUUAUGACGUCAUUUCUAUGGUCUAUAAGAGUGAAGACCAUGGAAAAUUGUAGUCGAUUUGUUAAAUAUUCUUCAUAACUCAACAGGAGCAUUUUAUGCAUUGGUAAAGGCUUAAUAGAGCCCAGAAUUGCCCUAACACAUCAAUAUCCUCGUGACUUAGCUCUUUUAAGUCGUUUCUGAACUUUACAAAUCAGUGUGAUUCGUUUCUUUACUUUUCCUACCUGUGUGAUUCUAGGAGAAACUAGAUGCCCAAACACACCUCAGAAUACUGAAGAAAAUAAAGUCAGCUGCCCCUGGUAAGGUUUUUAAAAGAAUUUGGUUGAUUCAAGAGCCUUUAUGGCUCUUGGUUGUUUGCGUUUUCUAGCAGUAAGACCCUGGAAAUCCCUGCAAUGGAUUUGGAAUAUUGCCUUUCGAAAUUUAUGGUAUAACAUGCUGGAAUACGACAAAUAUCGCCUUGUUGGUGUUUCAUUGCUGUUGUUUCUAUUUCCCUCAGUGGGAAUUUCCAUGUUUUUAGUUCUCCAGGAAAAAAGUAACUUUCUCUUAGAGCAUUGCAUCUGUAUUGUCUCAACCCGUUUUAUCAAGGUUCUUUAAUACAACACCAUCAACAGCAACUUAUUAUAAUUGAUUACAAUGUAUAAAUUGUAGCAAGAAAGAAUACAGGCUGGCUGAAAUUACCAUGGGAGACUAGAAAGAUACCUAGGAUACUGAUACAUAAAAAAGGGUCAGGUACACCGCACAUAAACGCUCUCACACAUGAAAAAGAGAAAGGUAAACGGCGGAAGACCAGGCAAACAAAUGUGGUGUUGUUCAUAACGUAAAAUUUUGCGAUUAAUAAUUUCUAAGCAGAAGUUUCUUGGCUAAAUUGUUAGUUGGUUCCUCAUUUCUCUCAGUCGAUGGUAGAGGGGUGCCACGAAUUUCUAGGGAGUCCCUUCUAGUAUGUUACUCUGGCCCCGGUUGUUCAAACGUUGGAUAGCGAUAUUUACCGACUAAACCACUACCGAUCAGAUGAUUAUAAGGAAAAACAAUUACGCUAUCCAUUGGAUAAAAAUGUAUCCAGUGGAUAACGUUAUCCACCCUUUGAACAACUGGGGCCUUAUCAUGAAGUUACCUUUUAAGCAGUUACAGAUCCUUGCCUGUACUCAGUUCCUGGGCUUUUGGGCUAGUAUUAUCUUACAGCUAAACAAUUAAAGAAAAUUCGAGACAUCACUGGGCAUGUCCACCAUUUUGCCUGACCGCCAACCCCAUCUAUGUGCAUUUGACUUUCGCUCCUGGCAAGACGUCUCGCGAGACGCAAAGGGGGACCUCGUCAAGUCUAGAAGUCUCUAAUUUCUCCAUUGAAAAAACUACACACGCUUGUUAUUAGCUUACACGAAUAGCAAUUAAGUCAUUAUUUACUUCUGGUUUACCAUUCGGGGCAAGAUUCUUGCGGAAGUAGAGUGAAGGUGUUUUGCCAUAAGAAUGUACAAAAACCAAGAAAAUCUAAAUAUUUAAAAAGUUAAUUGCAACGAAACCCAAGGGAAGCCACCGGGCUUAUAAGGAAUGGGCUCCCUCAGUUAAAUUAUUACAACAAAAUAUUAACAGAAUUAUACAUGCAAAAAUCAAUGGUAGAGCUAUAGUUAAUCUUCAAGUAUAUUAGAUAAUCGUGUUAAUCAUAGUUAGGCAGAAAACAGCGAAAGGAAAAAAACUGAGAAAAAAAAUGAAAAGCAAAGGUAAUGAAAAAUAAGUAGAUAUUUAUGAUAAGAGGGAUUCUUACAGCUUACAGCAAAAGGAAGCGGUACUUCUUGGCUUUCGAAUUUCAAAACUAAGAGAGUUAAAGAAUUUAGGACCUUGGAAACUGAUAGAGAACUUUCUUAUAUUAGUCCUGCAUUGUGAUAAAUGAAAAAUCUCCAAACUCCUAGUACCAUAAGAAUGCACGUGGCGUGUCGCAAGAAACAUAUUAUUGAAGCUAUCAGGAAGUAAGCCGGAUUUGUAUUGAUACAUAAAUUUUCAUAUUUGAAGUUUGUAGAUCCUCUCAAGAUUUAGAAUUCCUAACUUUUUAAAUAAAGGGCCAGUGUAAGCAUCAAAAGCACUCCUCGACAUUAUUCUUACGACCCGGUUUUGAAGUGUAAUCAAUCUUCUGAGGUUUGGUGGGUAGGUCGUUGCCCAGACGCUCACGCGGUAGAAGAAGUAUGGGGAGUAGAUAAGGCUAUAAAAAAGUGUCCUUAAGGUGACUCGACCCAGUUUUUUUUGGGGGGUACCAUCCUACUUUGAAGCUCUCUGGUAUCCCCACCUUUACUUUUAUCGUAAGUCUAACACAUAGAAUGGAUAACAUAUAGAUCAAUCUACAAUAUAACAUAAAAUUUCUGGCGAUCGGAGUAAGUGUCACGUGGUUAUAAUGCCACGCCCCUUUGAGGUCUGAGUCGAAAAUCUGCUGUUACCGGCAUUUGUUCGUGAAAAUCUCUCUGCUACACAUAGUGCGCAUUAGUGCCUUGCGCUGAACAGAGUUUCACCAAAAUCGCAAAGACCCAAUUCGAGAAAUUCAGCGGUUUCCAAAUUUAGGUCAUAAUUUAUGCGAAAAUGGUAAGCAAACGUUACACGGAUUAUAUCUUAUAAACUAUGAGACUCAUCUCUUUAUUUUGGGCAUCCUUAUAACAGAUGGGUCCUUGCAAGUCAGCAAAACGCUUUAGGGCCUUGUAAAUGCGCGCGAUUUCGAGCAAAGCAAACAUAUAGAAAUUAUAGUUUUCGCUAUUUGUUGACGUUUGUCAGCGUUUAAGAGUCCUUCUCACGAAAAAAGCAUUUUCUUAAAAAUUCGUAGUUUUUUUUCCUUCAAAUUUUUUCAGGGCCACAAUUGAUUAACUAACUACCCGGACUCUGAAUUUCAUGGUCAUUGAAAAACUGUGACAUUACCUUCUAUAAGCCCAAACUUGAGUAAACAUUGAAGAUUUUUAGCGUUUUGGCUGAGUUUGUGCUUUGGGAGUUGUCUAUUGUUUCUAGUCUGUCAUGAUACAGCAUUCUUGUUCAGCACGCGUGCAAUGACCACGCUUGGCUGACUUCCGAAUGCUCACCGAGAUACUCCCGUCACGAGUUGGUUUAAUUAUUGGCUUGCAUUAAACCUAUGAAAAAAUGAUAUUUUUUUAAUAGUAAGUAGAUUUAGUGUGUAGCACUUCUUGAUUUUUUUGCAAAGGCACAAGAAGCACGACAAUUGAUUAAAAAUUGUGAGUUAAACCUCUAUGUAUCACCCGAUGGCCUGUCUCACUGUACCAAAAUUAUUAUUUCUCGGUGAGCAUUCGGAAGUCAGCCAAGCGCGGUCAUUGCACGCGUGCUGAACAAGAAUGCUGUAUCAUGACAGACUAGAAACAAUAGACAACUCCCAAAGCACAAACUCAGCCAAAACGCUAAAAAUCUUCAAUGUUUACUCAAGUUUGGGCUUAUAGAAGAUAAUGUCACAGCUUUUCAAUGACCAUGAAAUUCAGAGUCCGGGUAGUUAGUUAAUCAAUUGUGGCCCUGAAAAAAUUUGAAGGAAAUAAAACUACGAAUUUUUAAGAAAAUGCUUUUUUCGUGAGAAGGACUCUUAAACGCUGACAAACGUCAACAAAUAGCGAAAACUAUAAUUUCUAUAUGUUUGCUUUGCUCGAAAUCGCGCGCAUUUACAAGGCCCUAAAGCAUUUUGCUGACUUGCAAGGACCCAUCAGUUAUAAGGAUGCCCAAAAUAAAGAGAUGAGUCUCACAGUUUAUAAGAUAUAAUCCGUGUAAAGUUUGCUUACCAUUUUCGCAUAAAUUAUGACCUAAAUUUGGAAACCGCUGAAUUUCUCGAAUUGGGUCUUUGCGAUUUUGGUGAAACUCUGUUCAGCGCAAGGCACUAAUGCGCACUAUGUGUAGCAGAGAGAUUUUCACGAAAAAAUGCCGGUAACAGCAGAUUUUCGACUCAGACCUCAAAGGGGCCUGGCAUUAUAACCACGUGACAUUUACUCCGAUCGCCAGAAAUUUUAUGUUAUAUUGUAGAUUGAUCUAUAUGUUAUCCAUUCUAUGUGUUAGACUUACGAUAAAAGUAAAGGUGGGGAUACCAGAGAGCUUCAAAGUAGGAUGGUACCCCCCCCAAAAAAACUGGGUCGAGUCACCUUAAAGAGAAACUGUUAAGGCAAAAGCUUGAUUUAUAAGUUACAGAACUUGAUUUAUAAAUUACAGAACAUUUUGGGACGAGCCACCCACGUUUUAGUAGGAGCCACCCACAAUGUGAACACAGUUACUGAAGGGUAUUGCCAAGGAAAACAACACAAAAUAAGUGUAAUGACUGGGUGUAUUCAAAUAGGUUUGUACUUGGAGUGCUGUGUUAUUCUGUCAUCCUCCUGUGUCAAAUAGUUCACAUUUUGCGGAGUUAAAAUGUUCUCUUCCGGAUGAGGGCCUUUAAAUCAUAACUGUAAGAUUUCAGCUUCUUUAAAUAGAGUCUUCCUACUAACACUUCUUGUAUAUAUUACAUGAAACCACACAAGAGCGUUCACCACUUUUUGUCCUUCGCGUUAAUAAAAGUUUGCGAUUUGCCAGGAAGCUGAGUACAAUCAGACAACAUUGCUUAAUGUGUUUCUCCUUUCCUACAGGCCUGGACUACAAGAAACUGAUCGCAGUAGGGUCACCCCUGCAAAUUUUAAAACCAGUGCUGACAAGUGCUAAUGUACAUCUUUUGGCAAAGCUAGCAAAUAAGAUUCCCACACAGGUCAGUGAAGUAGUCUGUAGAGUACGGUCUUUGAGUUUGUCACGCCUGUUGAAAAUGAAGAAAUUCUUGUCUUUUUCUUAUUGCAUUCUGUCAAAGAAAAGUUAUUGCAUGUAUUUUUUCUUAUGUCCACACUCGUGUUAUUUUUUUCCUAGUCAGGAGUGAAAAGUGUUUGUUGUGAUUUAAAGUUAGUUUAAAACGCAGCCUGAUAAGUCACAUGAGUACUUUUGUUGGUUGUCCACCUAAUACUGUAUUUUCGGUCUGGCCAUAAAGUUAGCGAAGGAUUUAAAGUUACAAGAAUAGUGAGCUUAAACUUUUGUUUAUUUAGAAUUGUUAAAAACUCAAGCUUUUUUACAAACAACAAACAAUUCGACGCAUUUAGAAGAUAACAGACAAUGUGUACAAUGCAUUUGCGAGGUUGUUAAUUUGAGUACGGUAAGCUUGCAGACUUUCCGUUAAACGAGUCGGCAAGGAAAAGCGCAGACGAUAAUAUUAUUUUUCAGCUCUCCCUUGCCCCUAAAAAAGGUAGUGAAUUAAAGUAAAGCUUUCUUUCGCGCAAAAAUUCGGGUAGACUACCCUCACUGCCGUUCGAAAGCAGCACAGAUGAUGUGAGCCGUGUUUAUGUUGUCUUCCCAGCUUUCAUUGGUUGGAUGGGAUAAGAGGGGAUGAAUAUCAUGAUCAGCUCCGAUGCCUGUUAUUGGUAGUCGACUUUGUCUUGUUAGGAGGAACUAACUCAGUCUUGGUCAUUUGGGGAUUAAUAGUGUAUUCCAUUUUUUGUCAAAUAUUACUUCGUAAAACAGUAAAUGCUUUUUGCACCGCAUCAUUUACAUCGCGAUACAAGUUUUCCUAUAGAGCACUCGCACGACAAUCUCGCUUGUCAGUAAUUCCAUAUUAGGAAGUAAAUUUUGAUUGGUUCCUAAAAAACCCGAGCAUUGCGACAAAGUUAUAGAGUGUUUUCACAUGACGUCACGGCGGCCAUAUUGGUGUCCCAAAACAAUGAAACAGCGGCCAUGUUGGUGUCCCAAACCAGUCCUCUGGGAGUUGAACUCUUUUCUUAUGCAAACGCUUUCUUUUGUUCCAAUAAAUUUGCAUAGAUGCUGGCCACGUGAGUGAAAACACUCUAUACGCUUCGGGGUUAUAUGCUUCUGAUUAGAUAUAUUAGGGUACAUAGACAAGAUCAACAGUUAGUGAGCAUAUAAAAUUGUUUCAGGAUGGAAGCUGUCUAGAUCCUCAAGGCGUCUUUCAAGCAUAUGUGGAGAAGUUGUUUUGGGAAGGAGAACAAAAACCUAAAGAGGGUGAAACUGAUCAACUGGUAAGCAACUGGGAUACUUAAAGAAGCGUCAUGAUGCAAAAAAGAACGCUUUCGUCUUGUAUUUAACAAGAUUGUUGCACUUGACUUCUGAUACCGAGAGGAGACACCUGUGGAAAGAGUGCCAACAACAGCGACAACAAUCUCAUUUCAUUGAUCUAGGCUGAGGAUGUUUAAUAUGGUGAUGAAAAUCGUACUGGUACUGAACUGUAAUGUUGCCUGCGAGCUUAAAUAAUAAUGAUGUUAGUGGCGUACUAUUUUUCACAUGUACUUGAAAGGGGGUGUUUCGUUGAAACUUUGAGUCACAGCGUUGACUCGAAAGUGGUUGUCAGAAACCUGCAAGUCAAUUGUAGUUGGGUGAAAACGUCUUAUUCUUCCCUUACAGGUUGACUGGGCUCAGCGUUAUGAUGCUUGUCACAAAAUUCUUCCCCGUUUAUCACCUUCUGGCGUUCAACAGUUUAUUAAUUCUAUAACAUUCAGCGAAUCAGCUGUGGACGGCAUAGCGCUAGAAAACAGAGUUGAGAUCGUGAACAGAGCUUUGAGGUUUGCUCGACAGCAGGAUGCGGCGUUGAAGAAAAAAGGAAUCACCCAGGAAGACAGGUCUGUAUAUUCACUUUAUCGUUCUGGCGGCGAUUAUCAUAGGUGGAUGGAGUAUGAUAUUCCGGUUGAGUGUGAAUGACUGGACUACCGACAAUUUGACUAACAGUAAACGACCAUUAUAACUGAUAAAAGACGAAUCGAAACGCAUCAAUCACACUUAGACUCUUCAUAGCCAACAGUAUCACGGCUUUACUGACAGACGACCAAUACCAAAGUUUAAUACCAUCAAAGUAACUAACGUGGUAUAAUUCACUUUGACUCUGAAGUUGACAACCGUACAGGUUGUCGAAACGUCAGUCACUGUCAACAACAACUUUCCCUGUCUUUGGUGACCAUUUUAUUUUUCUCAUGUCUCUUAUGUCCGUAAGCAGUGAAUUUUUAAGGAAAAUUAAGAUUCUGGACACUGUUAGGGCUUUAAGGUUAAACGCUACAAGUAAAAAAAGCAAUUAGUGCGUUUUGGUCAAUAACCUUGCAAAAUAGUAUGCUUCAAGAUUUACAAAGAGAUGUGUUGUUCUUUAGUGUUUCCAAAGGUGCUGUUAACUUUGAGGAGGUAAUUGCCUACUUGGAGCAGUCGUGCAGACACCUUGAAUCCCUUGCUGAUCCACUAAUCUAUGAACUGACUGAGCAUGAUGAGGUAUAGUAAAUGAAGAUUCAUAUAUCUAUGAUGUUGAAUGUUUUUACGUAAGAACCAUUUUCCUGGCAGUUCCUGGCGAACCAAAAGGAGCUCUUUUGCAAAUCUUACACUGGCAUUAUUAAUAAUGUCAGUGCAUUUGUUUUCAGGACAUGAUCUAUAAAUAGUUAUUCUGUUUCCUUUAAAUAAAAAGAUUUUACUACUCCAGAGGUGUGUCAGAAUUUUUUUUCCUCCCGUAUCAUUUGGCCCGGCCUCAAAUGCCUCCCUCGGCAAAAACGUCGUAUUUUACGGCUUCAACGACCAGAAGAAUUAAGUGCGAAUAUGAACUGCGGAAAUGAAAUGAAAAAAUGAUCGUCGCAGUGAACGCAAUUUAUGUAAUUGCGGAAAGAAGCCAUUCAUUUCUUCACUUUCAUUUCAUUUCCGCAGUUCAUAUAUGAUUUAUUUCAUAUAUCAUUAACACUCAUUUCUUUCACGGGAACAUAUGAACCCACAAUUGACCUGCUCCCAACGUCAGUGGCUUCAUAGCUCGGUUGGUAGAGCAUCGCACCGGUAUCGCGAGGUCACGGGUUCAAACCCCGUUGAAGUCCUGAAUUUUUUCAGGCUUCUUUCCGCAAUUGCAUAAAUUGCGUUCACUGCGACGAUCUUUUCUUCAUUUUCAUUUCAUUUCCGUAGUUCAUAUAUGAUUUAUUUCAUAUAACUUUAACACUAAGUUUCAGCUUGUUAGGUAAUAGCUUUAUGUAAUCACGUUCAUCAGUUCAGUUUGAGCUUAUUUUCUUGAUUUUUCCCGUAAGCGACCACUUUUUCGUGCUUACGAGAUUUGACUUCUUUAACUUGAGUUCGUAAAGAAUUGUUUAAUUUCCUUGGGCAAAUGUACCUAAGAACAAAUUCACAUGUUCAUCAUUUCAGAAUGUAUCAAUUUCUCAGUCAAAUGAUUGUUUUAGUAACCGCAUGGUUUGAAGCAAAGGAAUUGGCAGUUAUUGUCAACCUUUUCAAACCGACGACGAUUCCUUGGACUCAGAGUAAUGAACAAUUUACUACUUGACAGUGUGAGCGUGGAAUAAGAAAAAAUGUGGUUACAAGGUUACAAGGGGUUUCGUCUGUGGUCAUUGCUACUAGAACAAUGUCCGUUAAAUCUGCCACUUCUUUACUGUAUGUGGUGAUUCGUUUUUCCUUAUGUAGGAGAUGGGUACAAGCUACGCUCGAAUGUACGACUUGUCACGCUCAGAGCCAGUUGAGAUUUGUGAACUUGUGACCCACAUGUUAAUCGGCGGUGCAUCUUUAGAGACAAUCAAUGAACUUAUCUUGCUUGCUUCAAGACAAAAACCUCAGAAGGGUAGAGUAGGGAGAACAGUACAAGAAACGUUGAAAAUUGUCUUGGAGUCCUUUUGGUAAGUUUACUGAAACUUAACCUCCUUUUCAUCUUGUCCACAGUACUUGCUACAUACUCGCUGCUCUCCCUCCAUACCCCCGAAAGAGCUUGCUCGCAGGCUUUUAUAGAGGUGAGAAGUAUGACGUCACACGUUACCAUGGUAUACCGGAUAUACGUUACCAUGCUAAACCGGAAAUACUUCUAUGUUCGCUGGUUCCACCGUUAGUUAGUUACUUAUGAACUUGACACCAGAUAUAUAUUUAUUCAUUCUCUCUCAGUGAAACAGCAGAUUUGUCUCAUUCGCUGCUGAACAAUAAGAACCCAAUGGACAUUUUACGUACAAUUAUCCAGACAGUGAGCCUUCACAUUCAGAAAGGAGGGACAAUGACCAAUCAAGAAGACGUAUUGGAGUGUCUCAGACCCUUCUGUGCUGAUGUGAGUGUGUCAGCCGCUGUAAAGACAACAGUUCUUCGAUUGAUGGAGGAGUCAUUUGAACUAAGUGGAGAAGACACCUUUUUGCUGUUGUUUUAUCAAACAGAUGCUGUUGUGUCUUGCACAUGGAACAAAAAGGUAACGUAUGUCAGUGACAUUUUCCACUGAAAAGAUUUUCCCAGAGUGUGCCCAUCAAACAAGUGUUAAUGUGAAGAGGGAGUUUCUUGCGGGAAUUUACGUCAAUUUUAAUUUGUUAAGACUAACGGGAACUUAUUGCGAGUUCAAACGUCCAACUUUUCAUUAACCGAACUUAAUCCCUUCAAUUAAGCACAUGAAGACUAGAUCGACGUUUGAAUCAAUUAAGUCCGACGUAUCUAAUUUGGGUCGACCCAUGAAUUAAGAUCGAGUGACCCACGUGUCGAACGUCCAACCUAAUACAUAAAUUACUAUUGCAUAUUUUCACUGUCCGGAAAGCAUUGUAGACCACUGUACAUCGUGAAAAUGAUUUGAGAUGAUGAUGAUGAAACUUUAUUAAGGUGUCUAAAGAAGCCUCCUAGCUUAGGUUAAAGCCUAUGCUAAUUAGGGGACACAAAAUAAAUAAAUAUAAAUUAAAGUAAAAAAUAUUUACAUAUAAGCGAAGGUAUAAAAAAAUUAAUGACAUUAACAAUAUUUACAGUAUGACAAAUGUGUCUAUGAAUUGCAGAGAUGACAACACUUGCAUCCAUUAUCCAUUGGUGUAACUAUAUCUAAUGUAUUUACAGUCGAACCCCGCUAUUUCGAACUCGGUUAAUUCGAAGUCCCCGCUAUUUCGAAGGAAGAGCGAAUUCCCUUGGAUUUUCCCUUUCCCUUUGAGCUUCCCCGGUUAUUUCGAAACCCCGCUAUUUCGAACUUUUGUCCAUUUCCCUUGGGACUUCGAAAUAGCGGGGUUCGACUGUAUUUUGUUUUUGAAACAUUUUAAGGUGGUAACUUCUCUCAAGUCUGGGGACAAUUUUUCCCAGAGACUGGGCCCCAAGUUGCGGAGGGAGUGCUUGCCAUUUGUUACCGUGUUGUACCUGGCAGCGGAGAAAUCAGACUGUCUCAAGUUAUACUUGGAUCUAUGCUCAAUAAAAAUGUCACUGAUAUAGGGGGGACAUAGAUUGUUCUUGGCUUUAUACAUUAAAACACAAAUGUGUUGUAGUCUCCUGUUCUGUAAACUUGGCAGUUCUGCUCUUUUUAGAAGUUCAGGGUAGCUAACAUUGUUCCUAAAAACAGCACGCAGGCCCCUUUCUUGCAUCCGCUCGAUUUUACGAGAAUUGAGUCCGACUAGGUAAGUUCGACGUCUGAAUCAACCGUCGAACUUGUAACAUUUGGGUCGACCUAAAUAGGUAUAAAGUUCGGUAAAUGAAAAGUUUGACGUUUGAACUAUGACAAGGUGCCAAGAGCUAUCGUAUCAAUCACUACUCAAAGGAACUGACAUAGAUUGUUUUUAAUUCUUUAUUAAAAACUCGAUCUAUCCAGGUCCAGCUUCCAGUUUCUUAUGUCAGCUUAGUUCAGUGUUAUCGUUUCUUUCAUUCAGCUCUCUCCAGAAGACAUUGAUAGUGACACAAAAAGACAUGAGCUAUUUGAGACUCUUCUACUUGAGAGCCAAUCGCUGGAUCAGCUUCUUAGCCUGGGUUCCCUGUUACAGUUAUGGCCUGUGCUGGCGGCUACAGAACUCAAGUAAGAGUAGAGAUGGCUCUUAUUAAAACCUUAUAAAUGAUAGCAAACAAACCCCGAACCAUCCAUUCAAAAUGGUUUUGCACAAACGAAACGUUUCAAAAUAUUAGAAGAUUAGAAGCUGGGGGCGGAGCGGGGCAAUGGGUAACUGGAAACGAAAUAUAUUAGUUGCUAUGGCAACUAGCCAGUCAUCUUUCGAGAAACUCGGCUUUUAUCAGAAAACUCGUCCUUUACACAUUUGAAUCUAAAACACAGUAUUCUCACUAAACUCUAAAUGUUGUUUCUGAAUGCUCACAAUUUGGACAAUUCGAUGACUUACACAGUGACCAGUUUUAGCAUGUCUAUUCUAUCUUUGAACAGUGAUGAGCCAUCAGCUAAUCCUUGGGUUCAACUUAUGGACAAACUAAUACGUUGCCAUGGUGAUGGAGAGCACGUGAUUUACAUGGCAAAACAACUGCGUAGCACAACAAGCCUCAAUGUGGAGGUAAAUGAAUACAAAGUUGGAUACAUAAAAGUAUCAUCUUAAACUGUCAGGAACAUUCAUAUCACUAACAUUUUAGGUGCCAUCCUCAGAAACAAACGGAGCUUGUACCUCCUAACUUCUUUCGUCUCGAACCUUACAAAAAAAAGCAACGCUCAUUCCAAAUUAUUGUAUUAUGAUGUUACAAGAAACGGAAGUGCUGAUGCAGCAUUGACUUUUUAGGGUCUAAGACUGAAAGUAGUGUACCUUGUGAAUGACUUUUAAACGUGCUAUAAUCGCUUAUGUCUUUGCCUCACAGAAAUUCACUCAUGUUGCAUAGUUGACUUUGCGUUCUGCAGGGUGAGGUUAAAUGGGCGAUUUCAUAGUAAAGCUCAUGCGCCUCGCGCAGCGCGAAAAUAUCAAUCCUCAUGGUCGAUGCUACAUGUAAAUGUGUUAUGAUUAUUGUUAUGAUUAUAUUAUUAUCAAGUCAUAGCAUCGUUGAAUUUAGGUGUUGUUAACUUGCUUUCAAUUUUUUUUAGUGUUGUUCCCAUGUGUAUAAUUUGAUGCUGCUUAAUUGUCGAUCCUUGUAUGCCUUGAAGUUUGCCUUGGUGACAAAACUGGAAGCCAUGCAUCACUUGGCUUUGGAAAACAUGAAGAACUUGAAGGUAACAUUAUUUUCUUUAGGCCCAGUCAGUUGCCUUAUAUACAGUCUUUACAUCGUUGAUAUUCACUUAUGUUGUUGUAAAGUUACCUCGUCUUCAAUUAGAAGCAACUGCAAAUUAGCAGUCACGCUUCAAUUUCAUUUGACGGAAAAAUCGGGUUGGGACGCCAAAGGCACGGGUAAUCGGUUUACCGGCUCACUACAGAAUUGCCAUUUUUCUGUUCGGUUUGGAUCUAAAAAGGCGAGAAUAUUUGCAAGUGGAUGGUGGAAAUGAGCACAGAGUGCGAGUGGGGAGUCCCUUCCCAUCACUCCCUUCUUUCCGGCUUCCGAAUAUGCGCCCCCACCCCCCGCAAAGAAAUGAAAAAAAAAAAGGAGAUCGUGAGCGACAGGGAACGAAGCUGGCAUAAACUGCAACGUCGGAUGUAACAGCUACCGUUACCGGCAUCUGAUGUUCAGCCCAAUCACUCUUUUUCUACGCCAGACGCUAGUAGUCAAAUAUGCAGCUGGCCCCUGUAAGGUAGAGAAGGGUAGUUGGUAACUAAGACACAUUUUUUCCGUUUGAUGUAUUCCAACGUUACCAGAGUGAAAGGACUAUUUAAAAUUUUCCGUUGCUCUCCACAAGUUUGUGCCAUUUUGUUUAGAGUGGUUAUUUGCUGUCUGGAUGUUUAGAAGCCUUAAUAUCGUAAGUGUCCCUCCUAAAACCUUGUGUUUUCUCUUAUAGGUGAAUUCCAAUUCUUAUGAUGAUGAGCUCCUGGAACUUUUAAUAUCCAACGGCCUAACUGCGGAAGUGGCACAAACGCCCUUCCUUACCCCCCUGAUAAGCUUUGUUCUCAGUAACCCUGAUGGACCCAUAGAUCCCCAGUCAGAUAACACGGCACCGGCAGCAGCAUCUCACACGGGAGCAAGAGUCAGGCUCGUUGCCUCUCAGCUACAAACAGCCGGUUUGUGGGCAGAGGCUGGCACACUAAUGUUGAAUUAUCAUGGAACACAUAGCGCUUUAAGAACGUUUGACAGUGCUGUGGGGGUGUUAUCCAGGUGGCUUAGAAGAUAACAAUUCAAAUCAAGUUUUAUAAAAACUGCAACAAGACUAGUAAAGCCAUUAUUUUAGUGAACUGUGGAACAUCGAUAGACACCGAUAUGACUGAAGUUUAGAAAAUCGUUUGGUAUAUUAACUUAGCGGGAAAGAGAUAAUUAACGUUAGACGGAAGUAAUAUAAAUAAUAGCAGGGCGUUAAGCGCUGUUGGUCAUCAAUUAGUAUGCCUUAAGUAGUUAAAACCGCAACGAAAACGAAAGGAUUAACUUAUCGAGACCAAAAUAUAGCAUACAGUUAAAUUAUGUGAUAGAUAAAUUAUGUAUUGACCACAAAUAAGCCUCGCGGUCUUGUCUACACCGGCUAGUGAAUAAUUUAUUACGUUAUAAUGUUAUUUUAGUUCUUUCUAUUGACGUAGCAAAUUUGGUCAACAUUAGCUAGUUAUGAAGAACUAGGAAGGGGAUAAGCCAAUCAGAAGUGGAGAAAUAUUAUGAGUAAAUAGUAGUACAGGUCGAGGAGUUAGUCGCUGCUUGCAUGUACUAUGGGCCCCCUGUUUAGUCAUAACGUUCAGUUUUGCUAAUUAGAGCGAUUUUCGUAUGACCUUGAAAUCUGGUUUCGGUAAGUGUUCGUUGUUUAUUUUAUCAGCCAACGGAUGGAAAGAUCAAAACAUGGCCUCUUCGUUUUCCCGCCAAAGAAAACCCUUAGGGUCCCUAAUACAGAGAAGCAUUGUUCUAUUGGCCAAUCAUGUUGCCGUAUGACGUCAAAGCGAAGUAUCGGUUGAUUUCUACAAAGUUCUCGGGCAUGAAGUUUUUUCACCCGAGCGUUCGCUUAACCUACCAAAGCCACGCGCGUUUGUAUCCGUUCGAUAAAUCAAUAAAAUCGCUCUAUUUUUGUUCGUUUGUUGUUUCUGUUUUGUUCGCACGUUUUCAUUUCAAGAUCAUACCAAAAUCGCUCUAUGAAACCUGACGUUGGCGAAGAAAUUUACCCCAUUAAUUGGUGGUGAGCUCUUUCAGUUUAUGUUUGAAUUUACGUUAAUUUCGUGACCCAGAUCUUUUAAUAACGUAUUACUGUAACAACACUGUUUCAACCAGGAGGCAGCUACAGUAAUUUAGCAGUGCAUAUCUGUGGAUUCAAUACGGUUCGGGCUACUCAUCAACACUCAUGUACAUGUAAAUAUGUGCCAAGAGACUCGAGAAACAGCU